AUGCUGAGCACUGGCGAGGUCUGUGCUCUCCUCCACAGUUGCCGCACGAGCGCUGGUUCCCUGAUGUGCGCUUCUGACUGCUGUCGGCGCUGUCCUUUGAAGUUAGCCAUUUCGCUGUAGCUCUUCCUUUGCUAACAUACUCCACUUUGCAUACUGUGUCACUAAGAACACCAUUGACCGUAUGCGACUAUGAGUCACCUCUAGCUUCACACAUUUUGUAUUGCUCUUUCUAGUGUCAAUUCAUUCUCACCAACUAACUUUUCUCUCAGCCCCUUGUCUCUCACCCCAUGACAAUUAUCUCGUAUCAGCGAGUCUGCAAUUUGACCGAAAUUAAACGACUGACAUUUCAGUUUCAAGUCCAUAAUAAAUUCCUCAAGUCUGUUUCAUUCUGACAUCUACUGUUGAAAACAUACCUCUCAAAUGUCUUGUUUCUUCUGGGAGUUCAAAAAGACUGAAAUUUAGCUAAUACCAGUUCAUAAUCUGCUUGCUCUUCAUCCGUUAGCUGAAAGCUGUUGUAGACAUCAAUGUCGUCCGAGCCAGCUACUGUGAGAAACAGUGCGACCUUCUGUGCGUUGUCUUUUCAGCCGCUCCUAUCGCUUUCAGAUAGAGGGUGAAACGCUGCUUGAACCGCUUCCAUUGCUCUUCAACGUUGUCGUUAAGUUUCAGUUCUGUUGGAGGCUUUAGCUGCUCCUUGUCGUUAGCCAGCUCGCACAGCAAAAUUACUAGUUACAAGCACUGCACGCGCCGUUAGCUCCGGCGUGGUUAUUUUUACCUCAGUCUCGUUAGCCCUGUGGCUAGUUAGCUAACGUUAGCUAAAGUUAGCUAGUUGAUGUGAAGCCUCUUGGCGCCGUUAAGCAUUUUCGACCAAAACUUGAUGAUGGAUGAGUCAAAGGCGAGUUCUGUCAAUCCUGGUACCAUGUUGUAUCUUCUUGUCUAAGAAAUACUAAAGAAAGCAACUGUUCUUUAAAACAUACAGUACCAGUCAAAAGUUUGGACACACCUACUCAUUCAAGGGUUUUUCUUUAUUUUUACAAUUUUUUACAUUGUAGAAUAAUAGUGAAGACAUCAAAACUAUGAAAUAACACAUGGGAUCAUGUAGUAACCAAAAAAGUGUUAAACAAAUCAAAAUAUAUUUUAUAUUUCAGAUUCUUCAAAUGGCCACCCUUUGCCUUGAUGACAGCUUUGCACACUCUUGUCAUUCUCUCAACCAGCUUCACCUGGAAUGCUUUUCCAACAGUCUAUGCUGAGCACUUGUUGGCUGCUUUUCCUUCACUCUGCCGUCCGACUCAUCCCAAACCAUCUCAAUUGGGUUAAGGUCGGGGGAUUGUGGUGGCCAGACCGUCUGAUGCGGCACUCCAUCACUCUCCUUCUUGGUAAAAUAGCCCUUACACAGCCUGGAGGUGUGUUGGGUCAUUGUCCUGUUGAAAAACAAAUGAUAGUCCCGCUAAGCCCAAACCAGAUGGGAUGGCGUAUCACUGCAGAAUGUUUUAGUAGCCAUGCUGGUUAAGUGUGCCUUGAAUUUUAAAUAAAUCACAGACAGUGUCACCAGCAAAGCACCUCCACACCAUAACACCUCCUCCUCCAUGCUUUACGGUGGGAACUACACAUGCAGCGAUCAUCCGUUCAUUCAAUUCAGCAUUCAAUUAAUCAAUGAGUGAGGUUACAUGCACACAGUAAUGCAAUUAUUGUGGAUAAUCAGAUUAAUAUUAUAGUUCGAUUAAAACGUUCACAUGCUUUGCAAGAAGAACAAUUUCCCUAAUAAUCCUAUUUACAUGGACACAUCUAAAAUUAGGCUACCUGAUGGCACUCUGAUAAAUGCAGAAAAUCGGCAUUCAAAAUAAACGUUCUACCACUGCGACCAUGGUAUUUUUGGUAAUCAUAUUUGAUUCUGAGUUCGGACAUAAAGUUUGUGUGAAAACUAUUUCUAAGACGCAUACAUUCAGUUGUUUCGAACUCACUUCACUAAAGAGGGAGGCUCGCUUGGCUGGUGCUAGCACAUGCGCAGAUCAAAUACACUGCUGGAAUGCCGAUUUAAGGUGUUUACCUGUCCUAAUAAUUCGAAAGAUUGCUCAGAAAACCAUAUGUUUUAAUCGUCAUAUGCUUACUUCGAUUUUGACCUUACCCCGAUGUCACGCCCUGGCUCUGGGGACUCUUGUAUGUUGAGCCAGGGUGUUAGUUUCUUUGUGUAGUGUCUAUGUUUCGUUUUCUAUGUUCUGUUCUAGGUUAUGUGUUUCAAUGUUGGCCGGGGUGGUUCUCAAUCAGAGGCAACGUGAAUCAGCUGUUGCUUGUUGUCUCUGAUUGGGAACCAUAGUUAGGCAGCCUGUUGUGCACUUGUGUUUUGUGGGAUCUUGUUCCGUGUUGGUUUGUGUUGUUAACCGAGGACUUCACGUUUCGUUUGGUUGUUUUGUAUUUUGUAUCGUGUUGCCAGUACACUAUUAAAAAGAUAUACGCAUAUCACGCUCCGCCUUGGUCCAAUCAUUAUGACGAUCGUGACAGCCAUUUUUUAAAAUAAAAAAUGGUGUUUACGUGACUAUUGCAUAAUCUGCCUACUGCCAUAAUCAGUUUAAUAUUGAAUUUUUACUGUGCAUUUAAACUUAUUCAAUAAAGAUUGAAUUGAACCUAUAUCUGGAGAAUAAUUAUAAGGGGAAGUAUCUCCUGCUACAUUGUGGGUUACAGCUAAGGUGGUUAUCAGAGGGAAGAUCAUAGCCACAUCAUCUCUCAAGAAAAAGAUUAAAGCACAGAAACUGCUGAAAUUACAGAAACCCAGUGUGGAAGAACUUGACUGGCCUGCACAGAGCCCUGACCUCAACCCCAUCAAACACCUUUGGUAUGAAUUGGAACGCCGACUGCGGGCCAGGCCUAAUCGACCAACAUCAGUGCCCGACCUCACUAAUGCUCUUCUGGCUGAAUGGAAGUCCCCGCAGCAAUUUUCCAACAUCUAGUGGAAAGCCUUCCCAGAAGAGUGGAGGCUGUUAUAGCAGCAAAAGGGGGACCAACUCCAUAUUAAUAUCCAUGAUUUUGGAAUGAGAUGUUCGACAAGCAGGUGUCCACAUACUUUUGGUGAUGUAGUGUAUAUUGCGUGAGAUUCAAAAGGUCAAACAGGAAAUUGAUCAGAUUUAUAGUGAAGAAGUAGAGAAAAAUCUCAGGUUCCUGAAACAACGAUAUUAUGAACCCGGCUCAAAGGCAACAACAUUACUAGAAUGGAGACUCGGAAAACAACAAGCACAGAAUACAAUAUUCGAAAUAAAAGACCCUAAAAUAACGAUGAUUACAUGCAAAUGGGAUGAAAUACAGAAUGCAUUUGAAUCAUAGUAUACAAAUCUGUACAAGCAACCAGAGAAGGCAGAUACACAGACAAUAUAGUUGUUGUUUUUUACUUGAUCUCCCCUCAAUUGGGACACAGCAAAAUGAUAGACUUCAGAAAUAACCAUUGAAGAAAUGUAAUAAUGCAAUAUCUAAUCUAAAAGCAAACAAAUCUCCAGGCACUGAUGGCUUCCUUUCAGAAUGGUUCAAAGCCUUCAGAGAACAACUAGCACCUCUACUUCAGGUCUGUUUGAACUAGACUCUAUGGGAGGGGGAUCUACCACCAUCGGGGAGAGAAGCCAUAAUAUCUGUAAUUCCAAAGGAGGGUAAAGAUAAGAAGGAAUGCAGUUCCUAUAGACCUAUUACAAUUCUUAAUGUGGAUUAUAAACUGUAUGCAUCAAUAAUAGCCAAAAGAAUGGAGGACAUAAACCCAGAAUUGAUUGAUGGAGAUCAAACUGGUUUCAUACGAAAUAGACAGACACAGGACAACAUAAGGAGAACACUACAUGUCAUGGACCACAUCACUCAGGAUAAAAGUGCUAUAUUAACCAGUCUAGAUGCAGAUUAAGCAUUUGAUUCAGUGGGAUGGGAUUAUCUAUUCCAAGUUAUGGAUAGAUUUGAUUUCAACAAAGAAGUGAUACAGUGCAUCAAAACACUAUAUUCAUCUCCGACUGCCAGAAUAAAAGAUUAAUGGACAUUUGUCACAAACAAUACGUCUAAAAUGAGGGGCAAGAUAAGGCUGUAAUCUUUAACCCACGCUCUUCUUGUACACCGAGCCAUUAGCACAGGCAAUAAGACAGGACCCAUCCUUAGAGGGAAUAACAUUAAGAGGCAGUGAACUAAGAUAUGCAUGUAUACUGAUGACGUUCUGUUUUUUCUUAAAGACCCAGGUUCAAGUGUACCUAGAAUGAUGAAUGUUUUACAAACAUUUGGAACAUUUUCAGGGUAUGUGCUUAACUUAGACCCAAGCCCUAGUAUAUAAUUAUACCCACAGCAAGAGCUGAAGAGCAGAUGUAACUUCCAGUGGACCUCUUCAUCCAUUAAGUAUCUUGGAGUAAAUCUACCAAAAGAUACAACAAAACUUUAUGAAAUGAAUCAUGUUCCCAUCAACAAGAAAAUAUGUUGACCUGGACAGGUGGAAUUCACUUCCUUUGGAUCUUAGUAGUAGAAUUUCAACAAUUAAAAUGAAUAUCCUGCCGAGGUUACUGUAUUUGUUCCAGUCACUGCCCAUAGAAAUCCUACCUAAACAGUUAGGGAAUGGGACAAACGGAUAUCAAGGUUUUAUCUGGAACAGUAAGAGGCCAAAAAUGUAGUAUACAACAUUACAAUUACCAAAACACAGGGGGAGUAUGGCCUUACCAAGCCUAAAAUAUUAAUUUUGGAUCCAUACUUGGAAGUUGUCUAAUUCAAGGAUGAUGUUACUGUAACUAAUCUGAUGUAUGUAUGAUGUGUGCUGUACCUCUGUAGCUCAGCUGGUAGAGCACGGCGCUUGUAACGCCAAGGUAGUGGGUUCGAUCCCCGGGACCACCCAUACACAAAAAUGUAUGCACGCAUGACUGUAAGUCGCUUUGGAUAAAAGCGUCUGCUAAAUGGCAUAUUAUUAUUAUUAUUAUUAUUACCUGCCUGCCUGUUUUGUGUUUUUGUGUAUGUGUAUUCUUCAAUAAAAAGAAAGUAUAUAAAAAUAAAAGUUAUGUGAAAUUGUUCCAAACUUGCAUGAAUUGUUUUAUUACUGCUCUUGGGUCUGGGAUAGGUAUAAACAGUGUGUUAAUAUAAUAUUUGAUCACUUCAAUCUUUUACUAGGUACAGUUGAUUUUCUAUAAUAAUGCCAGAAUCUGGCAUUCUUCAUUGGAGAUUAGUACUUCUUUAUAGAAGUGAGUUUUCUUUCCAAACCAUUGUUUAUUUUCUGCAGCGACUGCUUGCAUAACAGUAGCUGAGGUCAUAGCUUCAUAAUGACUGGAUGUUACAGUAAUGAGGCUGCCCUCCCAUACCCCCCUGUCCUGCUCUUGACAUUUCACAUUGACAUUUCUCCACUCUACGAAACAUCAACUUUUUAAUGAGCACAUGAUGAGUUCGGAGACUGUUUGUGUGUUUUUACGAUUGUAUUUAUCCUCAUGUUUUCCAAGCCCCAUUGUAAAUAUUCUAAUGGAGGGCAGUAAUAUCAGCCAUUAUGAAAAGCCAAUUCUGUCGCAUGCCUUUUUGUACUGUAGAUCAUUGUAUACUAAGGUGUGUAUGUGUGCGCAUGCAUGUGCAUGUCUGUGUGCCUGUGCAAGCCUGUCCGUCUGUGUGCGUCUGUCUUUACUUGCUUUAUGUGAGUCUGGUUCCAGUCCUAAGUGGGUAACUCACACUCUGUUCUUCUGUCCUUGUCUCCCCUGCAGGUGUGCAUCGUGCAGAAGAGGGACACAGAGAAGAUGUACGCCAUGAAGUACAUGAACAAACAGCAGUGCAUAGAGCGAGACGAGGUCCGAAACGUCUUUAGAGAGCUAGAGAUCCUACAGGAAAUUGAACAUGUUUUUUUAGUAAACCUCUGGUGAUUAUCCUGUGUUUUUUUUCAUUUUAAAUACUGUUUGUAUGUUUUGCAUGCCACUGCUGGUACCCUGUGUGUGUGUGUGUGUGUGUGUGUGUGUGUGUGUGUGGGUGGGGGGGGGGGGGGGGGGGGGCGGCAGCAGCAUGUGUGAAUGCGAGCCCAUUGCACCCCACAUUUCUUAAUUGUUGUACUGUAAAGUCAGAAGACCUCAUAUUUCCUUCCCAGGAGUAUGAUAUCUGGGUGAAGUAGGGAACCAGUUUCAUUAUUUAACCAUCUCCGUGUCUCUGCAGCACAUAUUCUAAAUAUAAUUGGGCAGGUGGCACAAUGUUCACAGCAUAUUACACCAAAGCACUUUACUCCUGUGUAAUUGGUAGAAUGAUAUUGCACAUGGUGUUUAUCUCCUCUGAGUAAUUGAUAUAGGGAGCAUCAAUAAUUUCAUACACACCCUUUAUUACAUAAAGGAUUUGAGCAGAGACAUACACAAAGACUAAAGUGCACCCGCACUCACUGCCAAUUAUUACUGUAAGUCUUGUGUAUGCAUGUUUUUAUUUUUUUCCAAAGUUGCCGAUGAUUAAAGUUUUAAUAACACUGAAAAAUAAAAAAUAGUCUCCAAGAGAAGCUUCCUUCCAACUAAAAUAAGCAGAGGGUUUUUUAAUGAGCUGGUAGUAGUAGGGCCAGUGUAUUUCUUUAAUAUUAUAAUUCCCUCAAGUAGUGUACAUCUGCCAGCCCCAUCCUUGUUCUAGUUUCUCUGCUUUGCUCUGCUUGGCACUGUAUUUGUGCAUCUAUGCACAUCAAAGCCCCAUUAGCGACAAAGAAAGCAGACCGCAGCGGAAUGGAUAGGCGGGAAUUAUCGUGCUCCUUAGAUUGCACCUCAUCUUCCUGCGAAUCAAAUCAAAUCAAAUUUUAUUGGUCACAUGCGCCGAAUACAACAGGUGCAGACAUUACAGUGAAAUGCUUACUUACAGCCCUUAACCAACAGUGCAUAUUUUUUUUUUUUUUAAGUUAAAAAAUAUUAAAAAAAAAAAAAAAUGUUGAGAAAAAAAAGAGCAGAAGUAAAAUAAAGUGACAGUAGGGAGGCUAUAUAUACAGGGGGGUACCGUUGCAGAGUCAAUGUGCGGGGGCACCGGCUAGUUGAGGUAAUAUGUACAUGUGGGUAGAGUUAAAGUGACUAUGCAUAAAUAAUUAACAGAGUAGCAGCAGCGUAAAAAGGAUGGGGUGGGGGGGGCAGUGCAAAUAGUCCGGGUAGCCAUGAUUAGCUGUUCAGGAGUCUUAUGGCUUGGGGGUAGAAGCUGUUGAGAAGUCUUUUGGACCUAGACUUGGCACUCCGGUACCGCUUGCCGUGCGGUAGCAGAGAGAACAGUCUAUGACUAGGGUGGCUGGAGUCUUUGACAAUUUUGAGGGCCUUCCUCUGACACCGCCUGGUAUAGAGGUCCUGGAUGGCAGGAAGCUUUGCCCCAGUGAUGUACUGGGCCGUACGCACUACCCUCUGUAGUGCCUUGCGGUCGGAGGCCAAGCAGUUGCCAUACCAGGCGGUGAUGCAACCAGUCAGGAUGCUCUCGAUGGUGCAGCUGUAGAAUUUUUUGAGGAUCUGGGGACCCAUGCCAAAUCUUUUCAGUAUCCUGAGGGGGAAUAGGCUUUGUCGUGCCCUCUUCACGACUGUCUUGGUGUGAUCCUUAGCUUAGUGAUGAGCUUAGAGGGCACUAUGGUGUUGAAUGCUGAGCUGUAGUCAAUGAAUAGCAUUCAAACGUAGGUGUUCCUCUUGUCCAGGUGGGAAAGGGCAGUGUGGAGUGCAAUAGAGAUUGCAUCAUCUGUGGAUCUGUUGGGGCGGUAUGCAAAUUGGAGUGGGUCUAGGGUUUCUGGGAUAAUGCUGUUGAUGUGAGCCAUGACCAGCCUUUCAAAGCACUUCAUGGCUACAGACGUCAGUGCUACGGGUCGGUAGUCAUUUAGGCAGGUUAUCUUAGAGGCCUUGGGCACGGGGACUAUGGUGGUCUGCUUGAAACAUGUUGGUAUUACAGACUCAGUCAGAUUCAAGACUACUUCAGAGGGAAAUUGUGAAAGUGGGCAGCCCAUCUCAAAUUACACUGGAACAAAACAACAAGCACUCGUAGUCUCGUACAGCAUCCCGAACAAUACCCAAGACAUUCCAUCACUCUAAUCCAGUAUACGCUUUGGACGGUUCAUAGAACGUUUGCGUUAUUCUGUAUCCCUUUGCUGGUGAAUAUCUUGUUUGGAUAAUUUCUCCUUUGUUUUGAUUGCCUUUUCUAAAAGCAUACGCGGACUGUCAAAUCUGCAUUACAAAGAGCAUCAACGGAUGGGGAGGUGAUAGAGAGGCAUGUCCACAAGCGGCUACCUGCCAUCACCAUCAAACUGACCAGAUUGAGCAACAAAAGGGAGAAAUGUGCCAAAAUCCUCAUGGUGACGGCCUGCCUGUCAGGCCACAGCACAGGAGGCUGCUGAGGGGAGAACGGCUCAUAAUAAUGGCUGGAACAGAGAAAAUGGAAUAGCAUCAAACACCUGGAAACCAUGUGUUUGAUGUAUUUGUUACCAUUCCACCAAUUCCGCUCCAGUCAUUACUAUAAGCCCGUUCGCUCCAAUUCAGGUGCCACCAACCUCCUGUGGGCCACAGAUGUUCCUGUCUAGCGCCGUCACUGAUAGAUAAGUUUACUUUUCAAAACCCACGGACCCCAAACCUGAGCAGCUGUCGGUACUGUUUGUACAAUAAUAUUGGCAAGCCUGGUCCCAUGCCAAGCCACCAGAAAACGAACGGCAAAGAGUUUCUAAAAUAACUUUACAGAGUGUAUCAAUCACGCUAGCCUCAUUGUGUAUCUUUCCUGCAGAGGCAGGCUCUCACUGGCCAGACUCCUUUUUUGGGUUGUUUUGGCCCUCCAGUGGCAGUUUUGGACUCUUAAAGGCUCUGCAUGGUCAAUCAGUGGCCGUACAGCAUUUACUGCGAUGCGGCCUCUGCAAAAGUGAGAACAUUCAUACUUCUUGCGCUUCAGGGAGCUGUCAUAUGCAUCCAAUAAAUUGGUCUGCACUGCACCACUCGUAGUGAUUCAGAGCUCAUCUCUAUAGCCAUCCAGCUAAUUACAAGCAACUGGCUAAACAAAAAGACAAGACCUUACCUCUUCUGAGAUGUUGGAGUCCGUUUCCCGGGGCUUGACAUAGCCCAGCCAAGAUAGCAUGAAGUAAAAAGACAGCACUGUUUUCCAACCUGCAUCUCCAUCCCAAAUCUCCCCAUUGCCCCUCAGCAAAAUUAGCCUACAUUUAGGCUACUGUUUAUAUGUGUAUUUCCCACUAUGUUGAGGUAAAAAUGCUUGUAUGGAUGUCAACCCCAAUACAUGUUCAUGUCACCGUCAUCAAUCAACUGCAUUACAGUUAAAAACUACUUGGACUACCACCACCGAUUUCUGUAUGCUAACUAUGCUACCAACUUAUACGAAUUGGAGUUAGCAUUUAGCAGUCACUUUUUCUAAACCUAAAAAGGGACAACUUUUAAAUGUUAUGCAGCGAAAACAGCCGAAUAUACCCAAAUCGGAUUUUAGAAACUACAUUGUGGGCCUGUUACAAUAAAUACAUCACUCAUGACGGAUUUAACAAAUAUCCACUUUGUUCGAUCAGAUUUGUUGAACGUGCGCCAAUCCAGUGUCCUUCUAUCCCCCAUUGACCUCUUUUACACAUCUAUCCCCAUUACCUCCCCGAUCCCGUUCUAGGAGUUCAAAUUCAUUUUUGUGUCUUUGAAAUCCCUGCACGAGGUUUCAUAAAGAUGUUUUGUUGUCAAGGAAGUGAGUUUCUGUUUAUACAGGAUGUACCGCCCCCAACUACCGUCAAACAUUAAUGUCAAUGCGGAGCCCUCCGCAUUGUUACAACAUUUGGGAGGUGAACGGCGAUGCGGUACAGAGCUUGAUUCGGCCUCCGGAGGCUUCACAAUUGUCACACACUCUGUACGGAGCCUCCGGACCACAAGGGCAGAUCAAGCAUAAAUUGGCUUUUACUAGGCAUGUCUGAAGGGGACAUCUGAUGUCCCACUGAGCCUAUCAUGCUUGCUCUGUGAAAAAUAUCUUGAGAGAGUUCAGACUUUCCUCCUGAAGCCAGAGACAUAAAGCGAUUUGUUGUUUAUUUUGCUUUGGGAAUGGUUGUUUUUGUAUAUACAGUACCAGUCAAAAGUUAGGAUAUACCUACUCAUUCAAGAGUUUUUCUUUAUUUUUAAUAUUUUCUACAUUGUAUAGUAAUAGUGAAGACAUCAAACUAUGAAAUAACACAUGGAAUCAUGUAGUAACCAAAAAAGUGUUAAACAAAGCAAAAUAUAUUUAAAAUUGUAGGUUCUUCAAAGUAGCCACCCUUUGCCUUGAUGACAGCUUUGCACAGUCUUGGCAUUCUCUCAACCAGCUUCAUGAGGAAUGCUUUUCCAACAGUCUGGAAGGAGUUCCCACAUAUGCUGAGCACUUGUUGGCUGCUUUUCCUUCACUCUGCGGUCCAACUCAUCCCAAACCAUCUCAAUUGGGUUGACGUCGGGUGAUUGUGGAGGCCAGGUCAUCUGAUGCAGCACUCCAUAACUCUCCUUGGUCAAAUAACCCUUACACAGCCUGGAGGUGUAUUUUGGGUCCUGUUGAAAAACAAAUGAUAGUCCCACUAAGCGCAAACCAGAUGGGAUGGUGUAUCGCUGCAGAAUGCUGUGAUAGCGCUGCUGGUUAAGUGUGCCUUGAAUUCUAAAUAAAUCACAGACAGGGUCACCAGCAAAGCACCAUCACACCUCCUCCUCCAUGCUUCACAGUGGGAACCACACAUGCGGAGAUCAUCCGUUCACCUACUCUCACAAUGACACGGCGGUUGGAACCAAAAAUCUCAAAUUUGGAUUUCCACCGGUCUAAUGUCCAUUGCUCGUGUUUCUUGGCCCAAGCAAGUCUCUUCUUCUUAUUGGUGUCCUAUAGUAGUGGUUUCUUUGCAGCAAUUCGACCAUGAAGGUCUGAUUCACGCAGUCUCCUCUGAACAGUUGAUGUUGAGAUGUGUCUGUUACAUGAACUCUGUGAAGCAUGUAUUUGGGCUGCAAUUUCUGAGGCUGGUAACUCUAAUGAACUUAUCCUCUGCAGCAGAGGUAACUCUGGGUCUUCCUUUCCUGUGGUGGUCCUCAUGAGAGCCAGUUUCAUCAUAGCGCUUUAUGGUUUUUGCGACUGCACUUGAAGAAACGUUCAAAGUUCUUGAAAUUUUCCGCAUUGACUGACCUUCAUGUCUUAAAGUAAUGAUGGACUGUCGUUUAUCUUUGCUUAUUUGAGCGUUUAACAAGGCACACCUGUUAAUUGAAAUGCAUUCCAGGUGACUACCUCAUGAAGCUGGUUGAGAGAAUGCCAAGAGUGUGCAAAGCUGUCAUCAAGGCAAAGGGUGGCUACUUUGAAGAAUCUCAAAUAUAAAAUAUAUUUUGAUUUGUUGAACACUUAUUUGGUUACUACAUGAUUCCAUAUGUGUUAUUUCAUAGUUUUGAUGUCUUCACUAUUAUUCUACAAUGUAGAAAAUAGUAAAAAUAAAGGAAAACCCUUGAAUCAGUAGUUGUCCAAACUUUUGACUGGUACUGUAGGUCUACAUUCACAGUGACUAUUACUGCAUUUUGUGCAUAAUAACAUAACUUCCUGUUUAAAUAGGAAACUCUCUUUCAUUAACUUUUACUUGCUUUUAGUCAAUCAGGUCAUGAGGACUUCCUAAUAUGGAUGCCGUACAUGAGAAUGAAGUUGAGCUAUAUUUGGUGAUGCAAUCUGCACAGUGUAAUGAUCAGGAGUUGAAUUAGUACUGUGUGUGGGUAUGCCGCUGCACAUGAUAAUUCCCUGCUGACUUGCAGAACAUUGGCAGUAUCCAUGGGCAUGUCAAGUAUUGGGUUUGAGCAAUGACGUGUUCCAUUAUUGAUGGACUGAAGAUGGGCCAACCAGGAAUUCUGGGAACUGCGGUGCCUAUAUUCCCCAAAGUAAAUAUCAGAGGAUGCAACUCAUGAGAACGCCAGUUUUUAUUAAGAUUAGUAGGAGUUGUUUUAUUGAUACAAAGCCAGAGAGAGGGAGCAUUAGAGAAACAGCCAUCAUGGAAAGUAAUGAUUCCUGAAAUCACAGCGAAGGCAAGGGAGAGAGAGGAAAGCAGAGGCGCGGGGUAAAAGGCAUUGUGAAGAAGGAAUUUGGGCAUUGUUUUCUUUGUCAAAAUAGAGUUUCACUGUUAUUGGGUUUGCUUUCUUCUCUCUAUCUCACACACACUGUUUUGAAUCCUAAGUGUGCUUUCAUUAUGUCCUGGAUUCUGCUGGUUUUCUUUGAAGAAGCUCCAUCCAUUGCUUCAGAGAACAUUCAUUGGAGGGAAUCUGUAAAGCUAGGCACUGAAUCCGCAUCACUAGAACAAGACUGCUUCAGCCUGGAGGACUGUCAAGUUUGCUGCAUGCAGUAAUUGCCGUGGCCAUUCACUUGCUGAUGAUAGAUACCGUAUGAUGUGUAGGAGUGGGAUAUAUUUAAAUGGAUUAGCCACCUUGAAAGUAUUAUCUAUCUGCGGCACGCAAAAAAUCCACCCAAAGCCCAUAAGCCAUCACAGCAUAGGUAGGUGUAGAUGCUUUCUUUUCCUCGAUCAAUUUGUAUUUCUAAAUUGGAGGUCAUAUUCCUCUACCCAGACGGACAGUAUUACAUGCAGUAAAUGUAUGCAGUGAAGUUGAUCCCUUGCACUUUCCAGUGUUAAUCAUUACCAGAGCAAGGUUUUGUCUUAAGCAUUACAUUGCAACAAAUUACUCUCAAACACCAUUGGCCAGAUUCCCCGGGGAUGUGGAUAGAGGCACUGAAAGCUGAACCAAGUGAGACGCCCAGCAACCAUGUGGGGAAGUGAGGAAGAAGCGAAGCAAGAGGGAGUGAAUGUGUCAGCGCUGAGCACUGGGAUAUUUGUUGUCUCUGUGAGCUACGGCUUUGGAGACACUUUUUAAGAGGGUUAUAAGGUCUCACAAAGGGUGAGUCAUCAGUGGGAUCCGCUGAGCCGCAGUCGUCUUCCGCUGUCAAUCCAUCCUCUCGGAGAGAGAGAGAGAGAGCAGUCACUGUGGUGAGAAUAGAUGCACACCCUGUCCUCCUCGAUGUCCAUUAAGAAUAUUGAUUCCCGGCUGAACAGAACAAAGCUCUGGUAGACUUUGAGAUAAAUUAGGCUUUACCCCAAACACAAUAGUCAUAACAAGCCCUGGGUGGCAGCCAGCGGCGGCUGUUGAUUUGCUGAGUACCUGGGGCGCAAGAUGGUGAGAGUCCUUUAGGUGCCUUUUGGCAAACUCCAAGCGGGCUGUCAUGCCUUUUACUGAAGAGUGGCUUCCGUCUGGCCCACUCUACCAAAAAGCCCUGAUUGGUGGAGUGCUGCAGAGAUGGCUGUCCUUCUGGAAGGUUCUCCCAUCUCCACAGAGGAACUCUGGAGCUCUAUCAGUGACCAUCGGGUUCUUGAUCACCUCCAUGCUAUGUUUUCAAACUACCAGUAGUUUCUUUGAGAAGAUACAGUGCAUUCAGAAGAUAUUCAGACCCCUUAACAUUUUCCACAUUUUGUUACGUUACAGCCUUUUUCUAAAAUUGAUUAAAUUAUGUAUUUUUUCUCAUGAAUCUACACACAAUACCCCAUAAUGACAAAGUUUUUAGAAAUGUUAGCAAAUGUAUUAAAAAUUAAAAACAGACAUACCUUAUUUACAUAAGUAUUGAGAACCUUUGCUAUGAGACUCGAAAUUGAGCUCAGGUGCAUCCUGUUUCCAUUGAUCAUCCUUGAGAUGUUUCUACAACUUGAUUGGAAUCCACCUGUGGUAAAUUCAAUUGAUUGGACAUGAUUUGGAAAGGCACACACCUGUCUAUUUAAGGUCCCACAGUUGACAGCGCAUGUCAGAGCAAAAAACAAGACAUGAGGUCUAAGGAAUUGUCCGUAGAGCUCCGAGACAGGAUUGUGUCGAGGCACAGAUCUGGGGAAGGGUACCAAAACAUUUUUGCAGCAUUGAUGAUCCCCAAGAACACAGUGACCUCCAUCAUUCUUAAAUGGAAGAAGUUUGGAACCACCAAUACUCUUCCUAGAGCUGGCCACCCGGCCAAACUGAGAAAUCGGGGGAGAGGGCCUUGGUCAGGGAGGUGACCAAGAACCCGAUGAUCACUCUGACAGAGCUCCAGAGUUCCUCUGUGGAGAUGGGAGAACCUUCCAGAAGAACAGCCAUCUCUGCAGCACUCCACCACUCAGGCCUUUUUGGUAGAGUGGGCCAGACGGAAGACACUCUUCAGUAAAAGGCAUGACAGCCCGCUUGGAGUUUGCCAAAAGGCACCUAAAGGACUCUCAGACCAUGAGAAACAAGAUUAUCUGGUCUGAUGAAACCAAGAUUGAACUCUUUGGCCUGAAUGACAAGCGUCACGUCUGGAGGAAACCUGGGAUCAUCCCUAAGAUGAAGCAUGGUGGUGGCAGCAUCAUGCUGUGGGGAUGUUUUUCAGCGGCAGAGACUGGGAGACUAGUCCAGGAUUGAGGGAAAGAUGAACAGAGCAAAGUACAGACAGAUCCUUGAUGAAAACCUGCUCCAGAGCGCUCAGGACCUCAGACUGUGGUAAAGGUUUACCUUCCAACAGGACAACGACCCUAAGCACACAGCCAAGACAAUGCAGGAGUAGCUUCGGGACAAGUCUCUGAAUGUCCUUGAGUGGCCCAGUCAGAGCCCGGACUUGAACCCGAUCGAACAUCUCUGGAGAGACCUGAAAAUAGCUGUGCAGCGACGCUCCCCAUCCAGCCUGACAGAGCUUGAGAGGAUCUGCAGAGAAGAAUGGGAGAAACUCCCCAAAUACAGAUGUGCCAAGCUUGUAGCGUCAUACCCAAGAAGACUCGAAGCUGUAAUCGCUUACAAAGGUGCUUCAACAAAGUACUGAGUACAUUUGAAUACAUUUGCUAAAGUUUCUAAAAACCUGAUUUUGGUUUGUCAUUGUGGGGGAUUGUGUGUAGAUUGAUGAGAAGGAAAAAAACAACAAUUUAAUCCAUUUUGGAAUAAAGCUGUAACGUAACAAAAUGUGGGAAAAGUCAAGGGGUCUGAAUACUUUCUGAAUGCGCUGUAUAUAAAGCGACCUAUGCAUUUGAACAACAGCAGAAAUACACUUUUGCAUGUCAAAGACGAAUGGCCACUGCUGCACAUGCUGCUAUUGUUUUCAACAGAAUAGAUUAUACUAUUUAGAACGAGCAGCCAGCUCACAAACGAAUGAGUGCACCAGGGGAGAACCCAACAAACAUCAAAAGAGAACCAUCGCGCUCUCCCAGAAGCUUGGCUGGUGCGUAAAACCCAUGAAUUCAGAUAAACAAAAAGAUGUUGCAUAAUGCUUACUUAAAUGUAUUAUUAUUUUUUUUAUCACUGCAUCAGGGAUAGCUUACACAGACGUUUCGGCUUUACAGCCUUCUUCAGUGUGUAGGUAAAACACAUUUUUUCUUCAAAACAGCAUUUUUAGAGAACAACCGAUCAGCAGCAGGUGCUUCUAAUCAGGGUUGCCACUCAUCUGCCAAUCAGGGAUGUGGCUUUUCUGGUCUACAUGUAUACAAAUUAGUCACCUCCGGUACCGCUUGCCGUGUGGUAGCAGAGAGAACAGUCUAUGACUAGGGUGGCUGGAGUCUUUGACAAUUUUUAGGGCCUUCCUCUGACACCGCCUGGUAUAGAAGUCCUGGAUGGCAGGAAGCUUGGCCCCAGUGAUGUACUGGGCCGUACGCACUACCCUCUAGUGCCUUGCGGUCGGAGGCCGAGCAGUUGCCAUACCAGGCAGUGAUGCAACCAGUCAGGAUGCUCUCGAUGGUGCAGCUGUAGAACCUUUUGAGGAUCUGAGGACCCAUGCCAAAUCUUUUCAGUCUCCUUAGGGGGAAUACGUUUUGUCGUGCCCUCUUCACGACUGUCUUGGUGUGCUUGGGCCAUGUUAGUUUGUUGGUGAUGUGGACACCAAGGAACUUGAAGCUCUCAACCUGCUCCACUACAGCCCCGUCGAUGAGAAUGGGGGCGUGCUCGGUCCUCUUUUUCCUGUAGUCCACAAUCAUCUCCUUUGUCUUGAUCACGUUGAGGGAGAGGUUCUUGUUCUGGCACCACACGGCCAGGUCUCUGACCUCCUCCCUAUAGGCUGUCUCGUUGUUGUUGGUGAUCAGUCCCACCACUUAAUUUGUCAUCGGCAAACUUAAUGAUGGUGUUGGAGUCGUGCCUGGCCAUGCAGUCAUGAGUAAACAGGGAGUACAGGAGGGGACUGACCACACACCCCUGAGGGGCCCCCGUGUUGAGGAUCAGCGUGGCGGAUGUGUUGUUACCUACCCUUACCACCUGGGGGCGGCCCGUCAGGAAGUCCAGUAUCCAGUUGCAGAGGGAGGUGUUUAGUCCCAGGGUCCUUAUCUUAGUGAUGAGCUUUGAGGGCACUAUGGUGUUGAACACUGAGCUGUAGUCAAUGAAUAGCAUUCUCACAUAGGUGUGCCUUUUGUCCAGGUGUGAAAGGGCAGUGUGGAGCGCAAGAGAGAUUGCAUUAUCUGUGGAUCUGUUUGGGCGGUAUGCAAAUUGGAGUGGGUCUAGGGUUUCUGGGAUAAUGUUGUAGAUGUGUGCCAUAACCAGCCUUUCAAAGCACUUCAUGGCUACAGACGUGAGUGCUACGGGUCGGUAGUCAUUUAGGCAGGUUACCUUAGUGUUCUUGGGCACAGGGACUAUGGUGGGCUGCUUGAAACAUGUUGGUAUUACAGACUCAGACAGGGAGAGGUUGAAAAUGUCAGUGAAGGCACUUGCCAGUUGGUCAGCGCAUGCACGGAGUACACGUCCUGGUAAUCCGUCUGGCCCUGCGUUCAAGGUGAGUAAUCGCUGUUCUGAUGUCCAGAAGCUCUUUUCGGUCAUAAGAUACGGUAGCAGCAACAUUAUGUACAGCUGGCUAAUUUGAUUAAGGUUUCUGAUACACCAGGUUUUAUGCUGUUUUAGUCCAAAAAACAUGUCACCCUGUCAACUACAGUAGACCCUGAUAAACAACAUCGGGGGAGACAAUAAAAUGUUUUGUCUUACCAGAUCAGCGAUGAGAAGGGUCUAGCUAGUGUAUCCCUCUGUCCUUUGACUCUUGUCUGGUUUAUCAGGUCCCAGGCUCCUACUGUAUGACUGUUAUGAUUAUUAUUUACAAGUUAAUAAAUAAAUGUUUAGAUUUAGCGCUAUCUGUACCUGAUAGAGCACAUCUAGUCCCUCACAGGCGGAAGUAAACCGUCUGGUUCAAGAGACUCAUUGGGAGGAGGAGACCAGAGCAGACCUAGAAGUUCUGACUGAACGGACGGACAUUUGAGCGCCCCAGGCCAGUCCAUUUAAUUUGUACUGUUAUAAUUUAUACUAUGAAAUCCUGCGAUUUCAUUGGGGCAGUUCCCCCUCAUAGCAAAUAGCUUGAAAAACUAUUCAAGCAAUGUUCGCCCGGCCUGUGUGCCCAAUGGAGGCGGAGCUGCCAUAGCUGACAGUCACUGAGGGGCACAGUAGUAAGUAACUAAACAGCUUGUUUUUAACAAUAUAUUUUUGAAACAGGAAAAUGUACACAUUUACCACACUUUUAUGAGCAUUUAAAACAUAAUCCAUAUAUAUUUACAUUUACGUCAUUUAGCAGACGCUCUUAUCCAGAGCGACUUACAAAUUGGUGCAUUCACCUUAUGAUAGCCAGUGGGAAAACCACUUUACAAUUGAUUUAAUUUUUUUGUUUUAUUUUGGUCUUUUGUAAUCUUUUUUUUAUUAUUCUUCUUUUUUCGUUCUAAAUGUUUAUUUUAUUAUUUAUGUUUUUUUAUUGUAUGUUUUUAAUAUAUAUAUAUAUACUUGUUUUCAUUUCUUUUUUGUGGGGGUGGGUUGGGGCAGGGGUAGAAGGAUUACUUUUAUACUAUUCCAGGUAUUCCUUAAAGAGGUAGGGUUUCAAGUGUCUCCGGAAGGUGGUCAGUGACUCCGCUGUCCUGGUGUCGUGAGGGAGCUUGUUCCACCAUUGGGGUGCCAGAGCAGCAAACAGUUUUGACUGGGCCAAGCGGGAACUGUGCUUCCGCAGAGGUAGGGGGACACAAUGAACACAAUGCCCUCGUUUGGGUGUAGGGACUGAUCAGAGCCUGAAUGUAAGGAGGUGCCAUUCCCCUCACAGCUCCGCAGGCAAGCACCAUGGUCUUGUACCAGAUGCAAGCUUCAACUGGAAGCCAGUGGAGUGUGCGGCGGAGCGGGGUGACGUGAGAGAACAUGGGAGGUUGAACACCAGACGGGCUGCAGCGUUCUGGAUAAGUUGCAGGGGUUUAAUGGCACAGGCAGGGAGCCCAGCCAACAGCGAGUUGCAGUAAUCCAGACGGGAGAUGACAAGUGCCUGGAUUAGGACCUGUGCCGCUUCUUGUGUAAGGUAGGGUCGUACUCUGCAAAUGUUGUAGAGCAUGAACCUACAGGAUCGGGUCACCGCUUUGAUGUUAGCGGAGAACGACAGGGUGUUGUCCAGGAUCAUGCCAAGGUUCUUUGCACUCUGGGAGGAGGACACAACGGAGUUGUCAACCGUGAUGGCGAGAUCAUUGAGCGGGCAGUCCUUCCCCGGGAGGAAGAGCAGCUCCGUCUUGCCGAGGUUCAGCUUGAGGUGGUGAUCCAAACAUCCACACUGAUAUGUCUGCCAGACAUGCAGAGACACGAUUCGCCACCUGGUUAUCAGAAGGGAGAAAGGAGAAGAUUCAUUGUGUGUUGUCUGCGUAACAAUGAUAGGAGAGACCAUGUGAGCAUAUGACAGAGCCAAGUGACUUGGUGUAUAGAGAGAAUAGGAGAGGGCCUAGAACUGAGCCCUGGGGGACACCAGUGGUGAGAGCACGUGGUGCGGAGACAGAUUCUCGCCACGCCACCUGGUAGGAGCGACCUGUCAGGUAGGACGCAAUCCAAGAGUGAGCCGCGCCGGAGAUGCCCAACUCGGAGAGGGUGGAGAGGAGGAUCUGAUGGUUCACAGUAUCAAAGGCAGCAGAUAGCUCUAGAAGGAUGAGAGCAGAGGAGAGAGAGUUAGCUUUAGCAGUGCGGAGAGCCUCCGUGACACAGAGAAGAGCAGUCUCAGUUGAAUGACCAGUCUUGAAACCUGACUGGUUUGGAUCAAGAAGGUCAUUCUGAGAGAGAUAGCAGGAGAGUUGGCUAUAGACGGCACGCUCAAGAGUUUUGGAGAGAAAAGAAAGAAGGGAUACUGGUCUUUAGUUGUUGACAUCGGAGGGAUCGAGUGUAGGUUUUUUGAGGAGGGGUGCAACUCUCGAUUUCUUGAAGAUGGAAGGGACAUAGCCAGCGGACAAGGAUGAGUUGAUGAGCGAGGUGAGGUAAGGGAGAAGGUCUCCGGAAAUAGUCUGGAGAAGAGAGGAGGGGAUAGGGUCAAGCGGGCAGGUUGUUGGGCGGCCGGCCGACACAAGUCGCAAGAUUUCAUCUGGAGAGAGAGGGGAGAAUGAAGUCAAAGCAUAGGGUAGGGCAGUGUGAGCCGGACCAGCGGUGUCAUUUGACUUAAUAAAUGAGGAUCGGAUGUCAUCAACCUUCUUUUCAAAAUGAUGGACAAAGUCAUCCACAGAGAGGGAGGAGGAGGAGGAUUCAGCAGGGAGGAGAAGGUGGCAAAGAGCUUCCUAGGGUUAGAGGCAGAGGCUUGAAAUUUAGAGUGGUAGAAAGUGACUUUAGCAGCAGAAACGGAGGAAGAGAAUGUAGAGAGGAGGGAGUGGAAAGAUGACCGGUCCGCAGGGAGUCUAAUUUUCCUCCAUUUCUGCUCGGCUGCCCGGAGCGCUGUUCUGUGAGCUCGCAAUGAAUCGUCAAGCCACGGAGCAGGAGGGGAGGACCGAGCUGGCCGGGAGGAUAGGGGACAUAGAGAGUCAAAAGAUUCAGUGAGGGAGGGUUGAGGAGGCAGAAUCGGGAGAUUGGAGGGAGAAGGAUUUAGCAGAGGGAAGAGAUGAUAGGAUGGAAGAGGAGAGAGUAGCGGGAGAGAGAGAGCGAAGGUUGCGACGGCACAUUAUCAUCUGAGUAGGGGCAGAGUGAGUAGUGUUGGAGGUGAGCGAGAGAGAAAAGGAUACGAAGUAGUGGUCGGAGACUUGGAGGGGAGUUGCAGUGAGAUUAGUAGAAGAACAGCAUCUAGUAAAGAUGAGGUCAAGCGUAUUGCCUGCCUGGUGUGUAGGGGGGGACGGUGUGAGGGUGAGGUCAAAAGAGGGAAGGAGUGGAAAGAAGGAGGCAGAGAGAAAUGAGUCAAAGGCAGACGUAGGGAGGUUAAAGUCACCCAGAACUGUGAGGGGUGAGCCAUCCUCAGGAAAGGAACUUAUCAAGGCGUCAAGCUCAUUGAUGAACUCUCCAAGGGAACCUGGAGGGAGAUAAAUGACAAGGAUGUUAAGCUUGAAUGGGCUAGUGACUGUGACAGCAUGGAAUAUAUAUAUAUAUAUAAUAUAUAUUUGUUGGGUAAAUAUCUUUUUUUGGGGGGGGAGGCCAAUCACAAAUGGGGUGCCACCCCUAACGCCCUAAUUGGCGAACCACCGCUGGUGGCAGUUUAGGAUGUGUUGGCAUCCAUAAAACUAACUGAAGGAUAUUUCCUCAGAGGGCUUAGUCCUUUUAGCUUUUGUCUUCCGCUGUUACAAACACAUUUAUUCUGCAGUCUGCUGUAGACAUAGAACGUCACAGGAGUUAACGUCACAGUUACAGGACUCUGUAACUUUCCAAAGCCACCUCACCAUUAGUGGUGUUCUGUUCUCUCUGCGACUUUAACUUUCCAGAGCCACCUUACCAUUUUAAGUUCCUGCAGGACGUCCAUCAGAAUUGCACCUUGUGAAAUAAGGCCAGUGGGGGUGGAGAGAGGGGUGUGCUGAAGGGACCAGAGGGGGUAACAGGGGGGGACUAGGCGGGGGACCUCAGGGCGAGAGGCAGCGCUCACUCAUUCACUUCGUUGUUGGAGGGAUCCUCAGAGGAGCCAGGUGUGUCUUGUGAUCCAGCCAGCCUCAGACAAGCUGUCUCUCUCUCUAUCACAAGACUAUCUAGGCCACAGUCACAAAGCAGACCACAUUCAGAGCCCAGUUUCUCUCUCUCAUCCAUUCUCUCUUCCUCUUUCGCUCUACUUCUGUCUCUCCCCAUCUCACCCCCAUCUCUCUUUCACUCUCUCUCCCCUGCAUCCCUCUCUCUCUCACAUUUGUCCUCUCCCUCUGCUUCCCUCAGCUCAUUUUUCAUCAUGGCCUGAUUAUUUCAGCCUGUUUUUCAGACUUUUUCCAGCAUGGUAACCUUCCUCUGUGCUCUGCUGUCCCAGUCAGUCUGGCCUGGCUGUUCCACAUGGCCCAUCUGCUCCUUGGCUCUGUCACAGCGCUCCCAAGGCUCAAGCCUUAGCCAGGUCCCCAAUCAACUGUCUUGGGCAUAUUUGACCCAUGACAAGUCCAUUCUCAAACCGCUUCCUCAUAACGUUCUCUUUCAUAGUUUUUUGUCUGAACUUGAACUUCUGUAAUAUAUUUGUCCAUGGGAGAAGAGAUAAAAGGAGACAGUUGAAGAACUCCAUUGUGUCUGGUCCCACACAUUAUAAUUUUCCUCUUUCACUAACUUGUAUUAGUCCCAUCCAUUUGUGUUAGCUGCGUUCUUGGCCUCUCCUUGAACAAUUUUUUACAGACAUUGUGUGUGUGCUCUGAUUUUUGAAUACACAUGCUGUAUUUGGAAAAACAUUAAUCUGGAAUGAUCACUCUCACUUUUUCUCACUCUCUUUCUCUCGGUCCUUGGAAAUGACAACGCUAUCACUCUCCAUGCUUUCAUACGGCUCAGAUGUCAGCUCCACGUCUGACAGUGUACCUGUCACUGAGUGAAGGAGAUGUGGAAACUGCUCUAAUCUCAGCCAUGGAGACUCAGAACAUGGGCUCUAAUAACACUGGCAUCACACUGGCUGCCACAGAGGGCCUUCACCAUCAGUUGGAUGCUGCUCGGGAUCAGGAGAUGACAAGGAGGUGAUAAUAGGGUGACAAUAAUAGGGACCUGUGGACAGCAAACACCAUCUCAACCAAUCUCAGCCUGGCCAUCUGUUGAUGCUGUGUGUGUUUGGAGUGGGGGACCGUCGUCUUGCACAGGUUAGGUUUGUUAGCUUGGUCUGAUGAUUUUCUAUUGGACAUGUCACCAGGCUGUCGACGGAUGGAUACUGCAUGGGUUUGCUCUUGGUCUGAAGGAGAUGAAAGGUCUUUGGUGGAAAUCCUCCAAUGUCAUGCUGUUUUUGGCUUCAAGAGGCUGUACUUUACCCCUAGGCUAUAGAUGAUAUCACUGACUUACAAUAACCUUAUACAAUGCGGAUCACAGCAAGUCAGAAAUUGUGUUUAGCAUGGAUCUCUGCCAAUCCCUGCAAGUUAUCCAUAAGAACUUCUUCUGAACCAAUGCUUCAGACAGAAAUAUUAAACAGAAAUAUUAUGGAGAAUAUUCAUUAAGGUAGUCAUAUUUUUAAAAAAUCAGACAAUUUUAUCAAUUGAUCUGUGUUUUCCUUUUGACGUCAGGCAGAUACACUACAUGACCAAAGGUAUGUGGACACCUGCUCGUCGAACAUCUCAUUCCAAAAUCAUGGGCAUUAAUAUGGAGUUGGUCCCCGCUUUGCUGCUAUAACAGCCUCCACUCUUCAGGGAAGGCUUUCCACUAGAUGUUGGAACAUUGCUGCGGGGACUUGCUUCCAUUCAGCCACAAGCAUUAGUGAGGUCGGCAUUGAUGUUGGGCGAUUAGGCCUGGCUCGCAGUAGGCAUUCCAAUUCAUCCCAAAGGUGUUCGAUGGGGUUGAGGUCAUGGCUCUGUGCAGGUCUAGUUCUUCCACACUGAUCUCGACAAACCAUUUCUGUAUGGACCUCGCUUUGUGCACAGGGGUAUUGUCAUGCUGAAACAGAAAAGGGCCUUCCACAAACUGUUCCCCAAACUGUUCCCACAAAGUUGGAAUCACCGAAUCGUCUAGAAUGUCAUUGUAUGCUGUAGCGUUAAGAUUUCCCUUCACUGGAACUAAGGGGCCUAGCCGAACCAUGAAAAACAUCCCAGACCAUUAUUCCUCCUCCACCAAACUUUACAGUAGCACUAUGCAUUGGGGCAGGAAGCGUUCUUCCAGAUUCGUCCGUCGGACUGCCAGAUGGUAAAGCGUGAUUCAUCACUCCAGAGAACGUGUUUCCACUGCUCCAGAGUCCAAUGGCAGUGAGCUUUACAUCACUCCAGCGGACGCUUGGCAUUGCUCAUGUUGAUCAUAGGCUUGUGUGCGGCUGCUCGGCCAUGGAAACCCAUUUCAUGAAGCUCCCGACGAACAGUUAUUGUGCUGACGUUGCUUCCAGAGGCAGUUUGGAACUCGGUAGUGAGUGUUGCAACCGAGGACAGAUUAUUUUUACGCGCUUCAGCACUCAGAGGUCCCGUUCUGUGAGCUUGUGUGGCCUACCACUUUGCGGCUGAGCCGUUGUUGCUCCUUGACGUUUCCACUUCACAACAACAGCACAUACAGUUGACCGGGGCAGCUCUAGCAGAGCAGACAUUUUACGAACUGAGUUGUUGGAAAUGUUGCAUGUUAUGACGGUGCUAUGUUGAAAAUCACUGAGCACUUCAGUAAGGUCAUUCUACUGCCAAUGUUUGUCUAUGGAGAGUGCAUGGCGGUGUGCUUGUUUUUAUACACCUGUCAGCAACGGGUGUGGCUGAAAUAGCCAAAUCCACUAAUUUGAAUGGGUGUCCACAUAUUUUUGUAUAUAUAGUGUUCUGUUGUGAACUGAUGUCCCGGUGAGAUGGGAUGAUUUUCGCUCACUCUGAACAUGGCGCUCCAUUUUUCGGAUAUAGAGAGCAGGAAAUUGAGACUGGAGAUGGCCAAUCAAAAUGCCCCCUGAGAGUGUGGGGCUAAGCCCGGAGAAAUGGAGCUAUAUCAGGAAAUCUGCCAAGAUUAAAAAUAAAUAAUAAGGCUGCAAUAGCCUACCAGGAUAUUAACCUGGGUUUAAUACAGGAAAUCACAAGGGGGUGAGUUGUUUUCUACCUUGAUGGAUUGAGAGCCUCCGGAAAGCCUCUCUCCUCUCUCGCUCUCGCUCUCUCUCGCUUUCUUUCUCUUGCUCUCUCUAUCUCUCUCUUUCUUUCUCAUGAUUACUGAAAGAUGAUUGUGGGUUUCUGCCGUUUUGUGUUGUUUAUGUACUGUGUGGUUUGGAUUGGAUUUAUAUUGUACAAGGCUUGGUGUUUAGUAGACAUCUGUGGAGAGAUGGUGUAGUAGUGUCACAAAUCCCACCGAGAUCAUUAUGUGGACGUGUUUCACUGUGAUGUGCUUGAUUAGUAAUCCUGAUUGACAAGGAUCUUUAGCCAUCCACCAGUCAUUUUCAAUUAAGAGACAUCAAUCAAAGGCUGGCUCUGUUCUUGCCUUAAUUUGGCAGUCACUCUCCUGCAUUUACUCCAACAAAUGGCAGCUCAUUAAGAUCAUGAUCAAUCUCAAAGUAAUGGCUCCCACUGUGCUUGUUUUGAGCUUACAAGUGAAUACACACUCACACGAACUCCUGCAUACAUUAACACAUUAUAGGCUAUUCAUCUAUGCCGGCAAUCUCCAAGCCUGUUCCUGCAGAGCUACCCUUCUGUAGGUUUCUAUCCAACCCCAGUUGUAGCUAACCGGAUUCAGCUUAUCAACCAGCUAAUUAUUGAAAUAAUGUGCACUAGAUUAGGGUUGAAGCGAAAAUCUACAGGACGGUAGCUCUCCAGAAACAGGGGUUGAGAGCCCUGAUCUAUGCACAGUCCUGCACACACACGUAGUUCCACACAUGCAUAGUGAGUUCUACUGUGUUUUAUUGUUGUGUGUUUUUGUGGGUAGUAGAUGCAGGGUUAUGCAGGAUGCAUGUGGUCAGCAUGUUGUCUUGCGCCUGUGUGUUUCUGGAUUUUGUUCCCGUGUGUCUGUGUGUGCGUGUGUGUGUUUCUCAAUCCUGAGUGUCUGUGUGUAUGAGUCUGUGUCCUGGCCCUAGCAGGAUGUUCACUGAGCCUUCUGACCUCUGACCCCUGCCUUGUGUCCCAGGUACUCGUUCCAGGACGAGGAGGACAUGUUCAUGGUGGUGGAUCUGCUGCUGGGAGGAGACCUGCGCUACCACCUCCAACAGAAUGUCAAUUUCAACGAGGACGCUGUCAAACUCUACCUGUGUGAGAUGACCCUGGCACUGGACUACCUGCAGAGCCAGCACAUCAUCCACAGGUAUGGACAUUAUCCAUAGACACAGCAUCCACUGCACUGGUAUGAGAUGCAACAGGGGUUGGCAACAGGUGGAAAAAGUGAUUUAUUUUGCCCCCAAAAGCUUUUAGUAAAAAAAUAUAUAUAUAUUUUGGGAGGGGUGGGUUUAGUUUUUGGUCAAAAAAAGACUGUAAAAUCCCCAGGAAUUCAGUGUUUAAUUUAGGAAAUCUGUUCUCAAGUAUUCCCACAAAUACAAAAAGAGACAUAAGUGAUCGUGACUCCAUGUAAUCAAGGUAUGAAAUUAUUGUUAUUGUCAAAUACAAGCAUUUUGGGGUUAGUUUUGUUCAAUUUGCAGUGUACAAAUUAUUAUAAUCAGUUAUUUUCCUGCCCCCCAACCAUUCGCUCUGACAAAAAUUGUCCCGCAGCUGAAUCUACUUGACUACCACUGGGAAACACUAUAAACACAUCAUACACAGUAUCGGCUACAAUAAUGAAUUAUUAAAUUAAUUUAUUUGACUAAAAUAUGUUAAUGACACUAACUUGACUUUGUCCAUAGAGUUGCCAACAAAAAUACACAUGAUACAUACACACCAUUCACUAGUUCACAAUAACACUUUCCUUAUAUUAGCUCAAGGUAAGUUGUAAUUUUUUUGUAUUCUAGGUUUUGUUCACUCUGCUUGCAGCAUAAACACUUCAUGAAGACAAUGAUUUGUUCUUGUCAUGGCAGAACGUUGCACAAAAAAAUUAUAAUAAAAAGAAUGUAUCCAUGUCUUCACUCUAACAUUACCUUGUCCAAUGUAGCGUAUAAUACACAGAAUUAAUUGUUUUUUCUAUCAAAUCGAUGAAAAUAGCACAGGCCACACAUCACACAGUGUGUCCUUGCUUUCGUAAUAGAGUUAAAUCCAAAUUUCAGGUUAAAAGGAUUAGUUAGGUUUAGACCUUUCAGUUAUAUGGUUCUUACCCUGACAGUAAUCUAUGGGCCAGGAGAGACUGUAAUCCACUGUUCGGAUUUCUAUAAACAGCCACUACUAACUUCAGCUCAUUUUAGCCACCGCUAACCAAAACUGGGUCUGGGUCUCCUGGUCCUCCUUUAGAGCUCAAACACAUUGCAAUGGCGAACGGUUAACUGCAGGACCUCGCUAUCCCCCUUACUACGCCAAUGAGCAGCCAUUUCGACUGCAACAUGCUAACAGUCUAAUAAAUAAAUGUAAUAUAUGCUAUCGGAAAAAUUAUCUUUUGGUUGUGUUUAUGAAGGUCUUGAUAACAUUAGAAUAUGAGAAAAAAUGUAUUUCCAAGAACACAAUAGCAAUUUCAUUAGUUUAUGUUACUGAAGGUGAUCUGUAGGUGAGGCUAUAAACAAGCAGGAAACCAUGCAUCAUUACGUGAUGCCCAACUUCCAUCAACAUGUCACCUUCGCCACUAGGGGCAAUAAAGUCCUAAACCACUGUUACUCUACCCACAAGCAAGCAUACAAGGCCCUCCCUCGUCGCCCCUUCGGCCAAUCAGAUCAUUAUUCUAUACUCUUGCUUCCUGUCUACAAGCAGAAGCUCAAACAGGAAGUACCCGUUACUCGCUCCGUAGAGAAAUGGUCCUCCGAAUCAGAGGCUAUGCUACAGGACUGCUUUGCUAGCGCUGACUGGAAUAUGUUCCGGGACUCCCCCGAUAGCAUUAACGAGCUAACCACCUCCGUCACCGGCUUCAUUAGGAAAUGCAUCUCCGACGUUGUCCCCACAAUGAAGUUUCGCAGCUUCCCCAAUCAAAAGCCCUGGAUUAACACUGAGGUUGGCACUAAGAUAACAGAACAGGCUUACCGCACACAGGGCUAUCACUGCCAACCCCCGAGGCUACGGCUGAGGACAAAACAAGUUCAAGAAGUCCUGCUACGACCUCUGCAGAGGCUUCAAACUAGCAAAAGGACAAUAGGUGGAAUCCUAUUAUACAGGCUCUGACAUCACUGCCGCUACGCUGACCCUCAACACGGGGGACCCACAGGGGUGUGUGCUUAGUCCCCUCUUGUACUCUGUGUUUACCCACGAUGCGUAGCCACGCACGACUCCAACACCAUCAUCAAGUUUGCUGAAGAAGCGACGGUGGUAGGCCUGAUCACUGGCAAUGAUGACAGCUUACAGGGAAGAGAUCUGUGACCUGGCAGUGUGGUGCCAGGAUAACAACCUCUCCCUCAACAUCAGUAAGACCAAGGAGCUGAUCGUGGACUACAGGAAACAGGGAGGCGAGCACGCCCCCAUCCACAUCGACGGGGCUGUACUGGAGCGGGUCGAGAGCUUUAAGUUCAGGUCUCCAAAUCACUAAGGACUUAAAAUGGUCCACUCACACACACAGUUGUAAAGAAGGUGCGACAGCGCCUCAUCAUCCUCAGGAGGGUGAAAAGAUUUGGCAUGGGCCCUCAGAUCCUCAAAAAGUUAUACAACUGUACCAUUGAGAGCAUCUUGACUGGCUGCAUCACUGCUUGGUAUGUCAACUGCACCACCCUCGAUUGCAUGGCACUAGAGAGGGUGGUGCGGACAGCCCAGUACAUUGGCUUGCGAAAGUAUUCACCCCCCUUGGCUUCUUUCCUAUUUUGUUGCCUUACAACCUGGAAUUAAAAUGGAUUUUUUGGGGGUUCAUAUCAUUUGAUUUACACAACAUGCCUACCACUUUGAAGUUGCAAAAUAAAAUAAAAUCUCUGGAAGACUGAAACUGGUUUCCCUCUAGAAUUUCCCUGUAUUUAUCGCCAUCCAUCAUUCCUUCAAUUCUGACCAGUUUCCCAGUCCCUGCCAAUGAAAAACAUCCCCACAACAUGAUGCUGCCACCACCAUGCUUCACUGUGGGGAUGGUGUUCUCGGGGUGAUGAGAGGUGUUAGGUUUGCACCAGACAUAGCGUUUUCCUUGAUGCCCAAAAAGCUCAAUUUUAGUCUCAUCUGACCAGAGUACCUUCUUCCCUAUGUUUGGGGAGUCUCCCACAUGUCUUUUGGCGAACACCAAACGUGUCUGCUUAUUUUUUUCUUUAAGAAAUUGCUUUUUUUCUGGCCACUCUUCCAUAAAGCCCAGCUCUGUGGAGUGUACGGCUUAAAGUGGUCCUAUGGACAUACUCCAAUCUCCGCUGUGGAUCUUUGCAGCUCCUUCAGGGUUAUCUUUGGUCUCUUUGUUGCCUCUCUGAUUAAUGCCCUCCUUGCCUGGUCCGUCAGUUUUGGUGGGCGGCCCUCUCUUGGCAGGUUUGUUGUGGUGUCACAUUCUUUCCAUUUUUUAAUGAUGGAUUUAAUGGUGCUCCGUGGGAUGUUCAAAGUUUCUGAUAUUUUUUUAUAACCCAACCCUGAUCUGUACUUCUCCACAACUUUGUCCCUGACCUGUUUGGAGAGCUCCUUGGUCUUCAUGGUGCCGCUUGCUUGAUGGUGCCCCUUGCUUAGUGGUGUUGCAGACUCUGGGGCCUUUCAGAACAGGUGUAUACAGUGGGGGGGAAAAAGUAUUUAGUCAGCCACCAAUUGUGCAAGUUCUCCCACUUAAAAAGAUGAGAGAGGCCUGUAAUUUUCAUCAUAGGUACACGUCAACUAUGACAGACAAAAUGAGGAAAAAAUAUCCAGAAAAUCACAUUGUAGGAUUUUUAAUGAAUUUAUUUGCAAAUUAUGGUGGAAAAUAAGUAUUUGGUCAAUAACAAAAGUUUCUCAAUACUUUGUUAUAUACCCUUUGUUGGCAAUGACACAGGUCAAACGUUUUCUGUAAGUCUUCACAAGGUUUUCACACACUGUUGCUGGUAUUUUGGCCCAUUCCUCCAUGCAGAUCUCCUCUAGAGCAGUGAUGUUUUGGGGCUGUCGCUGGGCAACACGGACUUUCAACUCCCUCCAAAGAUUUUCUAUGGGGUUGAGAUCUGGAGACUGGCUAGGCCACUCCAGGACCUUGAAAUGCUUCUUACGAAGCCACUCCUUCGUUGCCCGGGCUGUGUGUUUGGGAUCAUUGUCAUGCUGAAAGACCCAGCCACGUUUCAUCUUCAAUGCCCUUGCUGAUGGAAGGAGGUUUUCACUCAAAAUCUCACGAUACAUGGCCCCAUUCAUUCUUUCCUUUACACGGAUCAGUCGUCCUGGUCCCUUUGCAGAAAAACAGCCCCAAAGCAUGAUGUUUCCACCCCCAUGCUUCACAGUAGGUAUGGUGUUCUUUGGAUGCAACUCAGCAUUCUUUGUCCUCCAAACACAACGAGUUGAGUUUUUACCAAAAAGUUAUAUUUUGGUUUCAUCUGACCAUAUGACAUUCUCCCAAUCCUCUUCUGGAUCAUCCAAAUGCACUCUAGCAAACUUCAGACGGGCCUGGACAUGUACUGGCUUAAGCAGGGGGACACGUCUGCCACUGCAGGAUUUGAGUCCCUGGCGGCGUAGUGUGUUACUGAUGGUAGGCUUUGUUACUUUGGUCCCAGCUCUCUGCAGGUCAUUCACUAGGUCCCCCCGUGUGGUUCUGGGAUUUUUGCUCACCGUUCUUGUGAUCAUUUUGACCCCACGGGGUGAGAUCUUGCGUGGAGCCCCAGAUCGAGGGAGAUUAUCAGUGGUCUUGUAUGUCUUCCAUUUCCUAAUAAUUGCUCCCACAGUUGAUUUCUUCAAACCAAGCUGCUUACCUAUUGCAGAUUCAGUCUUCCCAGCCUGGUGCAGGUCUACAAUUUUGUUUCUGGUGUCAUUUGACAGCUCUUUGGUCUUGGCCAUAGUGGAGUUUGGAGUGUGACUGUUUGAGGUUGUGGACAGGUGUCUUUUAUACUGAUAACAAGUUCAAACAGGUGCCAUUAAUACAGGUAACGAGUGGAGGGCAGAGGAGCCUCUUAAAGAAGAAGUUACAGGUCUGUGAGAGCCAGAAAUAUUGCUUGUUUGUAGAUGACCAAAUACUUAUUUUCCACCAUAAUUUGCAAAUAAAUUCAUUACAAAUCCUACAAUGUGAUUUUCUGGAUUUCUUUUUCUCAAUUUGUCUGUCAUAGUUGACGUGUACCUAUGAUGAAAAUUACAGGCCUCUGUCAUCUUUUUAAGUGGGAGAACUUGCACAAUUGGUGGCUGACUAAAUACUUUUUUCCCCCACUGUAUAUACUGAGAUCAUGUAACACUUAGAUUGCACACAGGUGGACUUUAUUUAACUAAUUAUGUGACUUCUGAAGGUAAUUGGUUGCACCAGAUCUUAUUUAGGGGCUUCAUAGCAAAAGGGGUGAAUACAUAUGCACGCACCACUUUUCCGUAAUUUAUUUUUUCGAAUUCUUUGAAACAAGUAAUUUUUUUCAUUUCACUUCACCAAUUACGACUAUUUUGUGUAUGUCCAUUACUUUAAAUCCAAAUAAAAUAUAUUUAAAUUACAGGUUGUAAUGCAACAAAAUAGGAGAAACACCAAGGGGGAUGAAUACCUUUGCAAGGCACUGUAGAUCACGGAGCUGAGCUCCCUGCCAUCCAGGACCUCUAUAUCAGGCAGUGUGAAAGGAAGGCCUGGAAAAUUGUUAAAGACUCCAGCCACCCAAGCCCAUAGACUGUUCUCUCGGCUUCCGCACGACAAGCAGUACCGGAGCAACAAGUCUGACACCAACAGGCGCCUGAACAGCUUCUAUCCCCAAGCCAUAAGAAUGCUAAAUAGCUAACAGAAUUGCUACAUGGAUUAUCUGCAGUGACCGUUUUAUUUUAUUUUUGCACUUACUCUAUGCACUCACAGGACUCUACACACACUCACACUGACACUCCAACACACACACACACACACACACACACACACACUUAAUUUGCUCACACACACACAUUCAUACUGACUCUACACACACACACACACACACACUCACAUACAAUCAUCAAAUACGCUGCUGCUACGCAUAUCCUGAUGCCUAGUCAACUUUCCCCCUUUUACGUAUCUACCCCUAAAACACUCCAGUAUCCCUGUACAUUGUAAAUAUGGCACUGACCCUGGAACUGACCUUGUACUGUAUAUAGCUUACUUACUUUCUCGUGUUCUUAUUUUUAUUCCCCGUUUUGUUUUUUAUUUAUUUUUGUUUGUGAUAUAAAAAUUAUUACAACGUGUGUUAAAUAGACUUAUUUAGCAAAAGUCAAGUAUAGAGGGGGGCAUGACUUAAACAAUUGUAGAGAUAUUGACAUUUUAAAUUAAUGUGCAGUCAAAAUGACUGCCUCGAUGCUUCUAGUGUAAAAAGCAGAGGGUGACCUUCCUAUCGCUCUGACCAGAAUAUCAGCUGUCAUUUUCUGGUCAUUUUCGGAUCUUUUCCUGACGAUUCUGAAACAGUGCAAACAGCCACCGUUUGCCAACACCCAGCAGGGGAUCGCUAUAACACACAGCAACCACCUGCUGCUUUUAGCUGUUUGUACCUCCCUACUACUCCUAUCCUGGGUGCCACGUCUUAGACUCCUGGCCCUCCCUCUUCUACUCCCUGUUUCAGAGACAGACAUCCCCUCACCUCCAUGUCCGAAAGGAGAUGAAUUGCCUGUGUUAAGGUGUGUAAUGAUUCAUCAUCAUCCUUUUCUCAUCUGUCUUGAGUGUCCCCGGGCAGAGUGGGGAGUCCUGCAUCACUAUGUUCACUCUCCCAGCUCUGACACCUAAUGUGUGGCCUGAUGGCUACAGGAGGUACUCACCUCACUGAAGUACUGGAAAACUGUGUACUGUGGUCCUCUGUAGCUCAAUUGGUAAAGCAUGGCGCUUGUAACGCCAGGGUAGUGGGUUCGAUCCCCGGGACCACCCAUACGUAAAAAUGUAUGCGCACAUGACUGUAAGUCGCUUUGGAUAAAUGCGUCUGCUAAAUGGCAUAUUAUUAUUAUUAUUAUUAUUAUUAUUAUUAUUAUUAUAUUAUAAAACCACUGCACUGGGUCUAAUGAUGUAGGCUCCAAUAUGUGGGCUCAUUGGAAGAAAAGCCACAGCUUUGAAUUCACUAGUAUAUCACUGGGCAGUGGUGUAGUUGUUUGUCUGCUUGUUAAGAAUCCGAGUUUUCUCCAUCGGAUGGCUUUAGUAGCCUAUAUGUUUGUCCAACAGUCUGUUGUUUGCUGAACAGUAUACUUUCUGUAAGCACCUGGGCAUUCCCUUUUUAAUUUUGGCUUAUUUUGCAUAUCUAAGCAUAGGCCUGGUAUUUAUAUUGCUGUAAUUGUUACACUCAAUCUUCUUCAGCGUGGUAUGACUUGCAGUUGUGAGCUUUUGUUGAAAGUGCUGAGCACAGUGGAAAGUGUUGGUGCUGUAAAUUUAAAGUGUUUAGGUCCCUGUAGACCACAAACUCCACUCAAAAUGUUUUAACCAUUUGACCUCAAUGUUUUAACCUUUACUCCAAAGUUCGUUUUAGCAAAUUGCUCCUCUAAAGUGCAAAUAAUUAUAUAAUUGUGCGUGCGUACUGGUGAGCGUGUUUUUGUGUUUGUGCCGUUGAGCGCACACUAACACACAAUCACAUAUAGUGCCUUCAGAAAGUAUUCACACCCCUUGACUUUUUCCACAUGUUGUUGUGUUACAGCCUGAAUUUAAAAUGGAUUCAAUUUAGAUGUUUUUUGUCACUGGCCUACACACACUACCCAAUAAUGUUAAAGUGGAAUUAUGUUUUUCUAAAUGUUUACAAAUGAAUUAAACAUGAAAAGCUGAAAUGUCUUGAGUGAAUAAGUCUUCAACCCCUUGCUAUGGCAAUCCUAAAUAAGUUCAGGAGUAGAAAUGUGCUCAUGAAGUCACAUAAUAAGUUGCAUGGACUCACUAAAAAUAGUGUUUAACAUGAUUUUUGAAUGACUACCUCAUCUCUGUACCCAAUGGGGACUUUAAAACAGUUACAGAGUUUAAUGGCUGUGAUAGGAGAAAACUGAGGAUGGAUCAACAACAUUGUAGUUACUCCACAAUACUAACCUAAUUGACAGAGUGAAAAGAAGGAAGCCUGUACAGAAUAAAAAUAUUCCAAAACAUGCAUCCUGUUUGCAAUAAGGCGCUAAAGUAAAAAUGCAAAGAAUGUGGCAAAGAAAUUAACUUUAAUGUCUGUCACGCCCUGGCUCUGGGACUCUGUUAUGUUGAGCCAGGGUGUGGUGUUUCUAUGUGUUUUGUGUGCUAGGGUUAUAUUCUAGUUCAUUUGUUUCUAUGUUGGCCGGUGUGGUUCUCAAUCAGAGGCAACGUGUAUCAGCUGUUGCUUGUUGUCUCUGAUUGGGGUACCAUACUUAGGCAGCCUGUUUUCCAGUGUGUUGUGGGAUCUUGUUCCGUGUUUGGUUAGUGUCUUUUGCCAAGGACGUCACGUAUCGUUUUGUUGUUUUGUUCGUGUGAUCAUCUAAUAAAUAAGUAUGUUCACUCAUCACGCUGCGCAUUGGUCCACUUCCUCCAGCGAUCGUGACAAUGUCCAACACAUCACUGAGUACCACUCUUCAUAUGUUCAAGCAUGAUGGUGGCUGCAUCAUGUUAUGGGUAUGCUUGUCAUUAGCAAAGACUAGGGAGUUUUUUUAAAUCAUAAAAAUAAACGGAAUUGAGCUAAGCACAGGCAAAAUCCUAGAGGAAAACCUGGCACAGUCUGCUUUCCAACAGACACUGGAAGACAAAUUCUUCACCUUUCAGCAGGACAAUAACCUAAAACAUAAGGCCAAAUAUACACUGGAGUUGCAUACGAAGAUGACAUUGAAUGUUUCUGAGAGACCAAGUUCCAGUUUUUACUUAAAUCGGCUUGAAAUCUAUGGAAAGACUUGAAAAUGGCUGUCUAGCAAUGAUCAACAACCAACUUGACAGAGCUUGAAGAAUUUUUUUAAUAAUAAUGUGCAAAUAUUGUACAAUCCAGGUGUGCAAAGCUCAGAGGCUUACCCAGAAAGACUCACAGCUGUAUUCGCUGCCAAAAGUGAUUCUAACAUGUAUUGACUCAGGUGAUUGAAUACUUAUCUAAUGAAGAUAUAUUAGUGUUUUUUUUUUUGUUUUGUUUUUUUACAAAUGUUUAAAAAAUUCUUACACUUUGACAUUACAGAUUAUUUUGUGUAGUUGACAAAAAAAUACAAUUAAACCCAUUUCAUCCCACUUUGUAACACAACAAAAUGUGUAAAAAGUUAGAGGGUGUGAAUACUUUCUGAAGGCACUGUAGUUCCAACUAGAUGAACACACACUUGUCCUUAACUCAACAGUAAAACAUUUUUUUUAAAUCACCCUGUCAACUUGAUAAAUGUGCUUCACCAUUAUUUAAAUACCAAUUAAGUUAGUUGGAAAAAGAUUCAGGGAGUUUGCCCAAGUCUCAGUUUUUUUUCUCAUCCUGGCAUCAACCCUUCUGACUCUGACAAAAUUGUGUCUGCUGGAGGAGGCCUAAUCCAAUCCCUGGGUAUCUGUAUCUCCUGCUCUGCAAUUUGGUUCCACGCUGUGGGUUUGUGACAGGAGAAUACUAUUAUUUUGUUGUACCAAAUGGGGGAAGAAGUGUCUCUUAGCAACAGUCUGCUGCUGCCAUGAUGCCUGAGGAAGGUAGAAUUAGUCUUAGCGAAAAGUCUCCAAAGAACGCGAAAAUGGCCCCCUUCUUUUCUUCUGUACCAGAGAAAAACUAAAAGGUUGAACAUUUACAGUGGGGGAAAAAAGUAUUUAGUCAGCCACCAAUUGUGCAAGUUCUCCCACUUAAAAAGAUGAGAGGCCUGUAAUUUUCAUCAUAGGUACACAUGAACUAUGACAGACAAAAUGAGAGAGAAAAAAAUCCAGAAAAUCACAUUGUAGGAUUUUUAAUGAAUUUAUUUGCAAAUUAUGGUGGAAAAUAAGUAUUUGGUCAAUAACAAAAGUUUCUCAAUACUUUGUUAUAUACCCUUUGUUGGAAAUGACACAGGUCAAACGUUUUCUGUAAGUCUUCACAAGGUUUUCACACACUGUUGCUGGUAUUUUGGCCCAUUCCUCCAUGCAGAUCUCCUCUAGAGCAGUGAUGUUUUGGGGCUGUCGCUGGGCAACACAGACUUUAAACUCCCUCCAAAGAUUUUCUAUGGGGUUGAGAUCUGGAGACUGGCUAGGCCACUCCAGGACCUUGAAAUGCUUCUUACGAAGCCACUCCUUCGUUGCCCGGGCGGUGUGUUUGGGAUCAUUGUCAUGCUGAAAGACCCAGCCACGUUUCAUCUUCAAUGCCCUUGCUGAUGGAAGGAGGUUUUCACUCAAAAUCUCACAAUACAUGGCCCCAUUCAUUCUUUCCUUUACACGGAUCAGUCGUCCUAGUCCCUUUGCAGAAAAACAGCCCCAAAGCAUGAUGUUUCCACCCCCAUGCUUCACAGUAGGUAUGGUGUUCUUUGGAUGCAACUCAGCAUUCUUUGUCCUCCAAACACGACGAGUUGAGUUUUUACCAAAAAGUUCUAUUUUGGUUUCAUCUGACCAUAUGACAUUCUCCCAAUCCUCUUCUGGAUCAUCCAAAUGCACUCUAGCAAACUUCAGACGGGCCUGGACAUGUACUGGCUUAAGCAGGGGGACACGUCCUGCCACUGCAGGAUUUGAGUCCCUGGCGGCGUAGUGUGUUACUGAUGGUAGGCUUUGUUACUUUGGUCCCAGCUCUCUGCAGGUCAUUCACUAGGUCCCCCCGUGUGGUUCUGGGAUUUUUGCUCACCGUUCUUGUGAUCAUUUUGACCCCACGGGGUGAGAUCUUGCGUGGAGCCCCAGAUCGAGGGAGAUUAUCAGUGGUUUUGUAUGUCUUCCAUUUCCUAAUAAUUGCUCCCACAGUUGAUUUCUUCAAACCAAGCUGCUUACCUAUUGCAGAUUCAGUCUUCCCAGCCUGGUGCAGGUCUACAAUUUUGUUUCUGGUGUCCUUUGACAGCUCUUUGGUCUUGGCCAUAGUGGAGUUUGGAGUGUGACUGUUUGAGGUUGUGGACAGGUGUUUUUUAUACUGAUAACAAGUUCAAACAGGUGCCAUUAAUACAGGUUACGAGUGGAGGACAGAGUAGCCUCUUAAAGAAGAAGUUACAGGUCUGUGAGAGCCAGAAAUCUUGCUUGUUUGUAGGUGACCAAAUACUUAUUUUCCAGUGAAGGCCUUUGAGGUGGAAUUCCACCUCAGACUUGUCUGUCGUCUGCUGCUGGAGUUUCCAUUCCAUACUUAGGAAACCUGUUUGACUGCAUUGCUAGUCACGUCAAAGAAGAAGUGUGUUCAAUGAGCAAUGCUCUGCAUGGUUUUACACAUCAAAUAACCAUGGUGGCAGUAUGGCGGGGUGGCAGAGGGUUUCAUAUUGGCACGUGAAUUGAAUACAUUUCCUUUAAACCUCUUGAGAAAUACACCAGUUAACAUAGAUAUUUACUUUUAUGGUAUAGUAUAGCCUCCCCAAUGGGCACAGACGUCAAUUCAACGUUUAUUCCACGUUAGCUCAACGUCAAUUCAUUUUUUUCAUUGAAAUGACUUGGAAACAACAUUGAUUCAACCAGUGUGUGCCCAGUGGGUCAGUGCUAACAGGAAUGUUACUUUAUUGAAGUGUAUGAGCUGAUUUUGCAUCAAAUAACCACUGUGGCGGUAUAGAGACUUAUUGGAGUUCCUCCUGUACAUUUCCAUUGAAAUCUCUUGAGAAAUACACCAGUUAACAUAGCGACUUACUUCUUGGUAUAGCAUAGCCUUAGUGCACACAAAACUAUUUAUGUUAGUGUAGUGUAUGAGACUCUCUGUGGACUAAAUGUAUUAUUCACACUAGCGUGACAGGCUGCAUAAUUAAAUAAGCGGGGUGGGCUCUGUUAAUUGGCUGUGGGCUUGGAGGGGGCUGUACAUGUGGGUUAACCCCAAGGUGUUGUUGUUUGUGUUGGUCUCCACUGCAUUGGUGCCCCACAUAAAAAGCAUGUGUGGAGAAAACCUGGGAGUGCCUCCCUGGCAUUGGGAUUGGAAAUGGCCAUGUUCCCAACGUUCCCAUUCAUCCAUGUCCAAUAUAGUGGUUUAGGGAUCAGUACAUGGGCACACAGUCACAUACGUAAUACACACACACAUUUUUGCGUCCCUUUGAUAUUUUAACUAGAAAUUGUGCACCAAUAUUGAAUUUUAAAAGCCUGUUAGAUUAAAUGCAUUGCCCUGGCUUUAAUAUAAACAACAUGGAACAUUUUAUGAAUGUGAUUUUUUUAUAUGAAUAAAGAAAUGUCCCACAUCACAGUUUUUCUAACUUCUAGGAACAUUUAACCCCAAAAUGUCCCAAAGUUUUCACCAUUGUAAAGCCCUAGUUAUUUUGUUCCUUUGACAAAGUCAUUUCUGAAGAUAAUUAUUUAUUUCAUGUGAUUAGUGGUUAAUUUACGUUUGUCCCUCAUUUUAAGGUCAACCCUGUUACAUGAACUGAACUAUAAUUUGAAUAUGGUGAAACUAUUCCUUUUAAAAUAUUUUUUUCUAAAGAAACAUUGAACAUUCAAAUCAUAGUGUAAAAGAAGGUGAGUAUUUUAUGGUGUUUUGUGGUAGAAAACUGAGAGCGUCGAACAUAACUAUGUUACCCAUAGUAGCUUGCAUUCAGUUGCCCCUCCCUGCUACACAAGACAUGCUUCCAUUCCCCCUGUCACACGGGGCGCUAUGGCUGAUUUAAAAUGAAGUCAUCAAUGGUCAACCUUGUGGCUUUUAAUUGGCAAUUUUCCUGUUACAUUUUUCUUAAUUUGACCUCUUUUUUUAUGGGAAAAAUGUUUUUUAUAUUAAGUGGAACAUGCGCUCUUUAAGACAGAAUAGAAACAUUUGGUGAAAUAAAAUGUUUUUCUUAACAGUAUUACACUACCCAAAAGGACCUAUUUUUGUGGAAUGACCCAGGUAACACCUACAAGCUUUAAUGUACAGAUACACUUGCACACACACGUAACACAUACAGCUACCCAUUCUCUCCACACACGUGCAAGCACAUGCACGUGCAAACUCAGAAUCACACAUUCUGUGGCACAGGCUUUAUAUUGACUACAUGUACAGAUUUACUUUAAUAGUUCCAUAUUCUUAGACAAUGAUUUCUGUGUUUCUCUCUCUUUCUGUCUCACAGGGAUAUCAAACCAGACAACAUCUUGUUAGAUGAGCAAGGUGAGGAUGCCUCUUCUUAGAGAUGACUUUAUCCUGUACUCAUUAGAUGUUUGCGACAUGUGUGCAUGUUUUACCUUUGUCACAUACUUUAUGUAGGCACGUGUAGGCCAUUCGAGUGACAUUGUUGUUAAUGUGCGUGUGUACAGUAUUUGUGAUAGAGAAGGAGAGGGAACAAGAGAGAACGAGAGGGAGAGCGUGUGAAAGAGCGAGAGAGAAAAAUAUCACUAUGUAAAAUGAGCAUCUGAGAAGGAAAAUGGUCCAAGGUGACAGGUAGGACACACAGCCAUGACUCUGCAGGAUGUUACUGUAGGUAUCACCACGGUAACGGGGUCAGCACUCAUGCAGAAGAGCCAGAAUGUGUGUCUCACACCCCACCAUGCUUUGAAGACAUGCAGAAAGAAGCUCAAGGACACACUAGUCCACUUCACUACUGUAGUCUAUAGACAGCAGCUCUUACUGGAUAAUGCUCAGGCAGACUCUGCUUCAAGUCUUUUUUUUUUAUAUACAGUACCAGUCAAAGGUUUGGACACACCUACUCGUUAAAUGGUUUUUCUUUAUUUUUACUAUUUUCUACGUUGUAGAAUAAUAGUGAAGACAUUAAAACUAUGAAAUAACACAUAUGGAGUCAUGUAGUAACCAAAAGUGUUAAACAAAUCAAAAUAUAUUUUAUAUUGAGAUUCUUCAAAGUAGCCACCCUUUGCCUUGAUGACAGCUUUGCACACUCUUGGGAUUCUCUCAACCAGCUUCAUGAGGUAGUCACCUGGAAUAUAUUUCAAUUAACAGGUGUGCCUUGUUAAAAGUUAAUUUGUGGAAUUUCUUUCCUUCUUAAUGCAUUUGAGCCAGUCAGUUGUGUUGUGACAAGGUAGGUGUGGUGUACAGAAGCUAGCCCUAUUUGAUAAAAGACCAAGUCCAUAUUAUGGCAAGAACAGCUCAAAUAAGCAAAGAGAAACGACAGUCCAUCAUUACUUUAAGACAUGAAGGUCAGUCAAUCUGGAAAAAUUUCAAGAACUUUGAAAGUUUCUUCAAGUGCAGUCGCAAAAACCAUCAAGCGCUAUGAUGAAACUGGCUCUCAUGAGGACCGCCACAGGAAAGGAAGAUCGAGUUACCUCUGCUGCAGAGGAUAAGUUCAAUAGAGUUAACUGCACAUCAGAUUGCAGCCCAAAUAAAUGCUUCACAGAGUUCAUGUAACAGACACAUCUCAACAUCAACUGUUCAGAGGAGACUGCGUGAAUCAGGCCUUCAUGGUCGAAUUGCUGCAAAGAAACCACUAAUAAAGGACACCAAUAAGAAGAAGAGACUUGCUUGGGCCAAGAAACAUUCCAACCGCCGUGUCUUUGUGAGACGCAGAGUAGGUGAACGGAUGAUCUCCACAUGUGUGGUUCCCACCGUGAAGCAUGGAGGAGGAGGUGUGAUGGUGUGGGGGUGCUUUGCUGAUGACACUGCCAGGGAUUUAUUUAGAAGUCAAGGCACACUUAACCAGUAUGGAUACCACAGCAUUCUGCAGCGAUACGCCAUCCCAUCUGGUUUGGGCUUAGUGGGACUAUAAUUUGUUUUUCAACAGGACAAUGACCCAAAAGACACCUCCAGGCUGUGUAAGGGCUAUUUGACCAAGAAGGAGAGUGAUGGAGUGCUGUAUCAGAUGACCUGGCCUCCACAAUCACCCGACCUCAACCCAAUUGAGAUGGUUUUGGAUAAGUUGGACCGCAGAGUGAAGGAAAAGCAGCCAACAAGUGCUCAGCAUAUGUGGGAACUCCUUCAAGACAGUUGGAAAAGCAUUCCAGGUGAAGCUGAUUGAGAGAAUGCCAAGAGUGUGCAAAGCUGUCAUCAAGGCAAAGGGUGGCUACUUUGUAGAAUUUCAAAUAUUCCAUAUGUGUUAUUUAAUAGUUUUGAUGUCUUCACUAUUAUUCUACAAUGUAGAAAAUAGUAAAAAUAAAGAAAAACCCUUAAAUGAGUAGGUGUGUCCAAACAUUUGACUGCUACUGUAUAUAUUUUUUUAUGGACAUUGACAGGCAGAAGGUAGAGAGGGAGACGGAUACAGUGCCUUGCAAAAGUAUUCAUCCCCCUUGGCGUUUCUCCUAUUUUGUUCCAUUACAACCUGUAAUUUAAAUAGAUUUUUAUAUGGAUUUAAUGUAAUGGAAAAUAGUCAAAAUUGGUGAAGUGAAAUACAAAAAAAACUUGUUUCAAGAAAUUCAAAUAAAUAAAUAACGGAAAAGUGGUGCAUGCAGAUGUAUUCACCCCCUUUGCUAUGAAGCCCCUAAAUAAGAUCUGGUGCAACCAAUUACCUUCAGAAGUCACAUAAUUAGUUAGAUUGCACACAGGUGGACUUUAUUUAAGUGUCACAUGAUCUGUCACAUGAUCUCAGUAUAUAUACUUGCAACGCCAGGGUUGUGGGUUCGAUUCCCACUGGGGGGCAGUAUGAAAAAUGUAUGCACUCACUAACUGUAAGUCGCUCUGGAUAAGAGCGUCUGCUAAAUGACUCAAAUGUAAAUAUACACCUGUUCUGAAAGGCCCCAGAGUCUGCAACACCACUAAGCAAGGGGCACCACCAAGCAAGCGGCACCAUGAAGAACAAGGAUCUCUCCAAACAGGUCAGGAACAAAGUUGUGGAGAAGUAUAGAUCAGGGUUGGGUUAUAAAAAAAUAUCAGAAACUUUGAACAUCCCACGGAGCACCAUUAAAUCCAUCAUUAAAAAAUGGAAAGAAUAUGGCACCACAACAAACCUGCAAAGAGAGGGCCGCCCACCAAUACUCACGGACCAGGCAAAGACGGCAUUAAUCAGAGAGGCAACAAAGAGACCAAAGAUAACCCUGAAGGAGCUGCAAAGCUCCACAGCGGAGAUUGGAGUAUCUGUCCAUAGGACCACUUUAAGCCGUACACUCCACAGAGCUGGGCUUUACGGAAAAGUGGCCAGAAAAAAGCCAUUGCUUGAAGAAAAAAAUAAGCUAACAGGUUUGGUGUUCGCCAAAAGGCAUGUGGCAGACUCCCCAAACAUAUGGAAGAAGGUACUCUGGUCAGAUGAGACUAGAAUUGAGCUUUUUGGGCAUCAAGGAAAACGCUAUGUCUGGCGCAAACCCAACACCUCUCAUCACCCCGAGAACACCAUCCCCACAGUGAAGCAUGGUGGUGGCAGCAUCAUGUUGUGGGGAUGUUUUUCAUCGGCAGGGACUGGGAAACUGGUCAGAAUUGAAGGAAUGAUGUAUGGCGAUAAAUACAGGGAAAUUCUUGAGGGAAACCAGUUUCAGUCUUCCAGAGAUUUGAGGCUGGGACGGAGGUUCACCUUCCAGCAGGACAAUGACCCUAAGCAUACUGCUAAAGCAACACUUGAGUGGUUUAAGGGGAAACAUUUAAAUGUCUUGGAAUGGCCUAGUCAAAGCCCAGACCUCAAUCCAAUUGAGAAUCUGUGGUAUGACUUAAAGAUUGCUGUACACCAGCAGAACCCAUCCAACUUGAAGGAGCUGGAGCAGUUUUGCCUUGAAGAAUGGGCAAAAAUCCCAGUGGCUAGAUGUGCCAAGCUUAUAGAGACAUACCCCAAGAAACUUGCAGCUGUAAUUGCUGUAAAAGGUGGCUCUAUAAAGUAUUGACUUUGGGGGGUGGUGAAUAGUUAUGCACGCUCAAGUUUUCUGUUUUUUUGUCUUAUUUCUUGUUUGCUUCACAAGAAAAAAUAUUUUGCAUCUUCAAAGUGGUAGGCAUAUUGUGUAAAUGAAAUAAUACAAACCCCCAAAAAUCCAUUGUAAUUCCAGGUUGUAAGGCAACAAAAUAGGAAAAAUUUCAUAACCCUGUCGCCAGCGGGUAUAUGUGGUCUGCAGUCGGCAGCGCUACCACUAGACCAGAUUCCGGCAAACAAAUGUCUUGUUGACACACCUGAAUCAUGGUUUAACUAAACUAUUUGUGUUUUUUUGUUUUGUUUAUCAGUUAGUUAGUCAGACAGAACUAAUUUGAUUUAGGCUACGUCAGGCAAUAUAGAUAGUAAACCUACUCAAGUUCAGACAAAAAUAGAUACCGUAGCUUUAAGUUUAUUUUGGAUAGUUUUGUUAGAGAAAGAAACAUGUUUUUGGGAGUUUUAUGGAUGUCGUGUUACAGUAUAUUUGAGUUUGGUUCUAAGGAUUGCUAUCGUCACAGGCCACGCCCACCUGACAGACUUCAACGUUGCUACAAUAAUAAAGGAUGGAGAGAGGGCCACGGCCUUAGCUGGAACCAAGCCCUACAUGGGUAAGACUUUUAUACCUGUUAUUCCUUCAGCCCUUGGAAACCCUUAUCACUAGCCUGGACCCAGAUCUGUUUAUGCUGUCUUGCCAACUCCUAUGGUCAUUGUCACGACUAUGACAAGACAGAUCUGGGACCGUAUCUCUAACAUACUGUGUAAAUAUCCAUCAGUGUGCUAUGGUCUUGUGUGGGUGUAGCCUAGCUGACUGACUCUGUCUGUGUUGUAUCUCCUCCAGCCCCAGAGAUAUUCCAGUCCUUUGUGAGCGGGGGUGUGGGUUAUGCCUUUGAGGUGGACUGGUGGUCACUAGGCGUGACGGUUUUUGAGGUGCUGCGUGGAUGGGUAAGGAAAGGGUUUAUGGGAAGUGGGGCUGUUCUUGAGUUAUGACAACUGAAGCUUACUGUAUGUGGUUGAUACUCACCUCUUUCCAUCUCUCACUGUCUGUCUAUGCUUUCUUCUCUCUCUCUCUCACACCCCCCUCCAUCUAUCUCUCUCUCACCCCCCUCCAUCUCUCUCUGCCUCUCUCUCUCACCCCUUUCUCCCUCUCUUCCCUCCUUCUCCCUCUCUACCCCUUCCCUCUCCCUCUCACCCGCUCUCUCUCUCUCGCCCUCUGUCAGAGGCCCUAUGAGAUCCAUGCCAGUAACUCAGUGGAGUCUUUAAUGCAGCUCUUCAGUACAGUCAGUGUGCAAUACAACUCCACCUGGCCCAAGGAUCUGGUCCAUCUCAUGAGGAAGGUGAGUGGGGAGGGGAGGGGAAGGGUAAGGGGGAAGGAAAGAGAUGAGUGGAGGGGAUUUGAUUUUUGAUUUAUUAGAAUCCCUGUUAGCCGACGCCAAUAGAUACAGCUAGUCUUACUGGGGUCCGAGAAGAGCUGAGAGCAGAGGAAAGGACAGUAAAGGGGAUGAGAGGAGAGGAGAUGAGGGGCAGAAGUGGAGAGAUGGGCUGCUGUGGAGGGUAGAAUUGUCAGGGGAAAGUCUACAGUGGAGUAGAGAGUCGAGUCAGUGGUCAGAAGACAUUGGGAGGCUAAGCAUAAUUGGGGUGUAGAGGCUCACAGCAAUAGUUGAGGUGAAAGUGGAUGGAGGGAGAGUUGCCUGAGGCCAGAGGGGAACAGAGGGAGAUAUUUAGAGAUAUAAGGUCAAGGAGGAGAGACAAAUGGAGUGGCAGGGAGUCAGAGUAGUGAGGGACUACUCUCUACUCUGCUCGUCUGCUCCAGUCAGAGUCAACGAGGCUCCAGAGCAAUGGCAUUUGUAUCUUCCGCUCGGCUGCUGAUCGAUUACCAAGUCUGAACUCCACCUAGACGGACCUAACCAGCCCUCUGGGAGAAAUGACUCGUCUGAUAUUAUAGAUAGUGGGAAAGUCUGGAGAGAGACGGUUGCCGUGGCAACAGAACCACAUCCCAAAAUCAUUUCUCCUAGGUUUAUGUUAAGCUGUCCCAGGGCGAAACCAAACAGCUGUUCCAUUUCAAAUAAUCGUUUCGAUGUCUCACAUAUGGGGAUUCACUCUAGAAGAUUCACUAACUGAAGAACCAAUCACAGCGUCUGUUGGAGACAGUGUCUGUUGGAGAAGCUCUCCUCAGCACGACUAGAUCACUCUCUCCUACUGAACUGUUCUCAGGCGAACCGUGAGGUUAAAGAUGUAGAACGUAGGACCCCGGCUCCUGUCGAUAGUGUUGAGUACUGACCGAAAGGAAAGUUUUGCUUAGAGUAGAUUUUAUUUUCUACUCCUCAGUCUCCUGUGGUAGCUAGCAUCACAAGCAAGCCCCCGGUAGUUGAGCCGUCACUGGCCAACGACCUCAAGCCCAGUGCUGCGUCACAGACCGACACUUCUCUUCCUUGGAAGACAAAGCGCUUUUCCACCUCCAUCUUCCAGAAGUUUUACAUGUCUGCUGCACAUUCAUUACGGACGUUGAACGUAAUGUCCCUCCAGGCCGAUUUGCUGCUGGAGAUGGGCAAUCUCUUAGCCACUGAUACUGCCAACCAGGACUUAUGGGAGGAGACUCAACCUCCGGGCCUCCAGAGGCGGUGGGCACGCCAUGAGCCUUGCGGUGGUGGGGGAGAGAGCCUUGUGGCUCAACUUGUCCAGCCUCUCGGACAAGGAAAAGGCAGAUUUCCUUAACGCUCCUGUAGCGCCAAAGGAACUGUUUAGGCCUUCUGUCGCCGCCAUGCGGCAGAAGUGCGAACUUCAGAAGAAGGAAGGUGAAGCCUUCAACUUCUGCUUGCCCCUUAGACUUGGGCACUGUGGCAACCAGGUCUGCCCCUCCACGAGUGAAAGCUUCACGGCAGGGAGAGGGCAACACACUGGUACCAGGGUUUUUCCGCAAUGCAAAACCCCCAGCGAUGCAGCAGGCUGUGAACCCACAGUUCGGCUCUCCUUACAGAGGCCGACAGUGGGGGAAGUGGUCCUUCGCUGCUACCGCAUCAAGGUCCUGUCCACCUGAUUCCCCUGGGAAGAAGGGGCAUCCGACCUAGGGCUACGUUCCCAGCGGUAGAGAGGGGCAGCUAACAGAUCACUCCAUGUUCUGGCCUGCCCCGAAGUGCACCCGGCUCCACAGCUCUCCCCUCAGCGCUUUCACAAGCAGCCGAGGCAAGAAGACAAAUGAUCAGUCAACCCAUUCUGGACCUACGGGUCCUCAACAGCUAUCUGAGAAAGUACACAUUCUGUAUUCUUACACUCAAAGUGCUGUCUCGCUCUAUUCGUUGAGGCAACGUUUGUCGACCUGCAGGACACUUAUUUUCACAUAAGUAUUCUGCCAGCACACAGGAAGUUUCUCAAGUUUGCCUUUCAAGGCACAUGCUGUUAAUAUCUCGCUGUCCCCUUCGGGCUAGCACUAGCUCCACGAACGUUCAGCAAGUGUAUGGAGGCGGCCCCAACACAGGAGCAAGCGGUAUUAGACAUUACUUCCCUUGUAACACAUCUCAUCGAGUUAUGGUUCAAGAUCUUGCUCCGGCCAAACGCUACGCCACGCCCACUGACAUUUGUUUCUUCUCCGCAAUGAGUCUGAAUCUGAGUACCUCCAAGACGAUUUCCAGAACGGAAAAACGUUUUAAUUGUUCUGAUUGGUCCUAGAAACCAAUAGGUUGGGCCAGAGCCAGAAAAUUCGUAAUUGGCUUUGCUACUCUGAUUGGUUAGAGAUGAUUCAAUCACUGAUUACUUUGUUUUGUACAACACCCCUCAUUUUGACGUCACCACAAACAACUUCAAUAAUGGCAGUAUCAGACUGAAGUAUGUAGCGAACGAUAGAACAGUGGAUUUAUUCAGUUUAAGUCGUCAGGCAAGGAUUCUCUCUCUUAUCGGGCUACACUAUUGGACGACCACAUCACGUCGUUCCGAUAGUGCCUCUCCCUGUUCAACAGGGGGCACUCGGUCACGCUCAAAACGUGCCUCUGAGUGCUGGGGUUGAUGGCGUCCACCAUCUCAGUUGUACCGCUAGGACUACUGAGAAUAGGAGACUUUCAGUGUUGGGUAUCUGCCCAUCGCCUGUGUCCACGACGGCACCUCAAUCGAAAGAUAACGGUGACCAUGAACUGUCUCUUGGCUCUCUGUCACUGGAAGAGCCCCUCGAUCUUCAUUUCAGGCACUCCCCUAGGGUAGUGUCAUCAAGGAAGGUGGUGACAGGGUGGGGUGCAGUUCACGAGGGAAGAGCAAUAAACGGUUUUUGGUCCCCGCAGCUCCAUCACGCUCAUAUAAAUUAUUUCAAACUGCUGACAGUGUUUCAUUCAUUGAUACACUUUCUACCCUUCCUUCGAAAUUGUCAAAUCAUGGUCAGGACAGACAAUUCGACUGUGGUGGCACUCGCUAUCUACAUUUACACAUUACUCACAUCUUCUCAUUACGCGCGACUUAUUUCCUGGGCGUACUGAAUGUAGGAGCGGACUUGUUGUCCAGAGGGAAGCCCCUUCAUGGGGAUUGGAGACCCCAUCCCCAGGUGGUGAACCAGAUCUGGGAGAGACACGGUCUAGCCACUGUAGAUCUCUUCGCAUCGCACAAAGACACACACUGUCCGUUGUUCCUUGUGAUAGCAGGAGAUGGACCACUGGGGUUGGACCCACUGGCACAUCCUUGGCCAAGGGUGAUGCUUUAUGCUUUUCCUCCUCUAUGCUUGAUACUCCCCACUCUGGACAGAGUGAGGGAACAAGGCUUCUCUCUCAUCUUGGUAGCCACUCGAAUGCCAGGGAAGCUCUGGCUAGCGGAGAUUACUCUCCUGCUUUACGACGAGCCCUGGCAGCUACCGUUAGGAUAUUUUGACCCAAAGCGAACAGAGAUGUUUUCCACCCUCACCCAGAAACCAUGGCGCUAUGGGCCUGGCCUGUGAGAGGAUGCGACAGGCUUGCCAAUCGGAGUCAUUGAGACUAUCCAGAGUUCAAGGGCCCCUUCUACACGCUCAUUGUAUGGAAACAAGUUGUGCAUUUAUGAGAAGUGGUGUGACCGAAAACAGAUAAUUCCUUAACGAUGCUCAGUACGCAAGGUUUUAUGCUUUCUGCAGGACAUUUUGGACAGAGUGAAGGCAUUUUCCACUGUUAAGGUCUAUUUAACCGAUAUCUCAGCCUUUCAUAUAGGCUUGGACAAUAACACAGUAGGGAAACACCCUCUGUUAUGUCGUUUUAUGAAGGGAGCGCGUCGCUUAUGCCCAAGCCUUUAUCCCCAUCUUGGGACCUGUCUAUUGCGCUUGAGGCAAUUCCGCAGCAGCCUUUUGAGCCGCUGGACAGCUUUACUGAUUGACCUUACAUCCGGAAAGCAAGUGAGUGACCUGCACGAUCUGUCAGUCCACCAUUCAUGCCUUCAGUUUGCCCCGGUGUUAUCCAAGGUAACAUUGUUACCCAUCCCCGCCUUUACGCCUAAGGUCAGCAGCGAUUACUAUUGUCUCUCCUUAGAGCUUAUGGCUUUCCAGCCGCCGCCCUUCACUUCUACGGAAGAAGAGCGUCUCCACCGUUUAUGUCCAGUGGUUGCUUUACGCAUCUACUUGGAUAGAACGAGAGCAUGGCGAAAGAGUGACCAACUCUUCGGGUGGGCCCCGCUCUCGUCAACGGCAAUCCCAUUGGACAGUGGAGGCUAUUGUAUUGACUUAUAGCAAGGGUUUGCAGUCAGGGUUGGGGAGUAACUGAUUACAAGAAAACGUAACUGUAAUCAGUUAUGUUACAAGCAAAAAUAUUGUAAUCAGAUUAAAGAUACUUUUGAAAAACGAGAUGAUUACUUCUUGGAUACUUUUAAAUUCAAGAUACAUUAUGACACCUUUCUGAUUUCUCAAUGACAUUCAAUUCAGCAUUGGAAAAGGCUCAAAUUUAAGUUUGUUCCACCUGAGCGAGUCUGACCACAAGUCAGAGACCGCUUUGAUGACACACCAAAUGCGUUUGAUGGAUGCUUUUUGUCUUCUUCAAAUGCCUGUUAAGGGGAAAGUAAUCCAAAAGUAACUGAAAGUAAUCAGUCUUUCUUACUGAGUUUGGGUAAUCUAAAUGUUUACUGAUUACAAUUUUGGACAGGUACUGUAACUAGUAACUGAAAUGAAUUACAUUUAGAAAGUAACCUACCCAACCCUGUUUACAGCCCCGGGAGGGCAUCAGGGCUCAUUCCACCAGAGGUAUGGUUACCUCUUGGGCACUGUUCAAAUGCAUCUCUUUGCAAGAGAUUUACGAUGCAGUAUGUUGGGCCACCCCACAUACGUUUGAGGUUUUACAGACUGGAUGUCACUGCACCUUUGUUGGCGCAUACUGUCCUCAGUGUCAGAGCCUCUGAGGGGUGAUGCUAUUGGGACUACUCUGGCUUUGGAGAGCAUGUCUGCGAUACAGGAGUUGGCCAUAUCCCCAAAUGUGAGACAUCGAAACGAUUAUUUGAAUUAGAACUUAGAGUUACUUGUGUAACCCUGGUUUUGUGAUAAUGUGAGGUGAGAUGUCUCACUGAAUUUCCCUGGUUGCAAGAGCGCAAGGAACAGAGGCAUGCAUGAGAAUGACCAGAGGCGGGGCGAGUUGCGCCUUAUAAGGCGGGGAGGGGCUCACCUCUUUGCCACUUUACCUGUCUGUCUCCAACAGAUGCUGUGAUUGGUUCUUCAGUUAGUGAAUCUGCUAGAGGACGAAUCCCCAUAUGUGAGAUAUCUCACUCAUAUUAUCAUAGAACCAGUGUUACGUAAAUACCCUAGAUUUCCCUUCAUUGUAGAGACAACACUAUUGAUACAAGUCAAUUGUAUGAAGUUUCUCCACUGACAAUGAUCUCAAUCCUUCUCUAAUUCCAUUUAUGCUAAUCGGGGUGGCGUCUUUAUUUUGGAUUGAUAAGGCACCUAAGCCCUGUACUGUAUGACUGUGGCUGAUUUUAAGAGUGCCCCCUAAUGUCGAUACUACCUAGACUAUUGGAUCUGAUUUUAACAUUCAACCUGUUUUGUCACAAGCCAUGAGGUUUUUCAAUUCAAUUCAAGGUGACUUUAUUAAUCCCUGCGAGGAAAUUAGAAAGCAAUGUAGUGGAUACUGUAGAGGUGAUAGUGUUUGAGUCUUUAAUGGAACUAAAUUAUGUACAGUAUAAUCUGUGUGUGUGUACGUGCGUUCACAUGUCUGUGUGUGUCUCCCAGCUGCUGACGGUGAACCCAGAGCAUCGUUUCUCCAGCCUGUCUCACAUGCAGACGGCUCCCUACCUCUCUGACAUCAACUGGGACGCUGUGUACGAGAAGAAGAUAGAGGCAGGGUUUGUUCCUAACGUAAGUAUGGACCACACAUUUAUCAUGUGGGAGCAUAAAAUGCAGUGUGCUGCGUUUUCACCUUUUAUGGACCAUAAACACCGAUUCACACUUCACACAUACAGUAUAUAAGAUGAACUACAUUAUCUCAUCUUGUUAAUUUAUUCAGACAUAUAAACAUACACAUGUAGUCUUAUACAUAACCUAGUCUCUCACACUUGUUACAUUCUGUGAAAUGUCCAUAUUUGCUUCGCUGUUAUUAUUAUUAUUAUUAUUAUUAUUAUUAUUAUUAUUAUUAUUUAUCCUGCUACUUUCUCCUAAUCCCUGCCUAUAUGUACAUAUCUAGCUCAAUACUCCAGUAUCCCUGCACAUUGUAAAUGUGGUACUGGCACUGACCUAGUAUAUUCAUGGGCUGCACGUUGCGUCACAAUAUUGUUUUGAACAUUCGUUUUUGGACUGAUGUUCAACUGAGCAUUCUACUCAAUGCAUCCUGAUUGGGCGUUGAUGAAGAUUUGGUCUGAAGUGCAUUACUGUGGCAAAUAAUUAAUAGGAAAACCUUUUGUCAUCAUUUUGAUGUCGCCAGAUUGACUUUAGAUGCAUUAAAACGUUAGCUAGCUAGCUAAGAUUGAGGGUAGACCUCCAGAUUUUAGCUAGCUAACAUUAGCUUUGCUAGCUAAUUUUGAUUAAACUUUGCUCGCUAAUGACAACAUUGCCAUCCGUCUAAAGUAAAUUUGACAACAUGAUGAUGAUGACAAAGUUGUUUCCUACUAAAUAUGUGCCUACUUUAGCAAUGGCAUCGUUUUCCCAAGCCCCUAUAGUGUAAUUUUGACUAAACAGUAAUUAGCCCUGGUUCUACCUUUGAGCAUUAAUAUGGCUGUAGUGUCUGUAGAACGUUGAUAACAAUGGCAACGACGCGACCGAGUGACAGCGGUGCAAUCAUGAAUAGCUUCCUCUCUUAUUUCUUGUGUUUUUUGUAUUUAUUUGUAUUUUCUUAUUAGUUAUACUUUUUUUGUAUUGAAUACUGCACUGUUGGCUAAGGCUUGCAAGUUAAGCAUUUCACUGCACUUGUGCAUGUGACAAAUAAAUACAUAUAAAAAAACUAUAAUAAGUCCAUAUUUAUUGCUUCACAGUUUAUUCAUGCAUGGUUUUGUGUUUGUGGUGUUUGCGUGUGUGUGCGUGCAUAUGUGUGUGUAUGUGCGUGUCUGUAUUAGUGUAUAUAGUUAUUCAGUAGUGUACUGUGUGUCUUGGUUCCACAGAAGGGCCGUCUGCAUUGCGACCCCACCUUUGAGCUGGAGGAGAUGAUACUAGAAUCUCGUCCCCUCCACAAGAAGAAGAAGAGACUGGCCAAGAACAGGUCACGGGAAGCCAGCAAGGAUUCCCAGUCUGUGAGUGUCACAUCAACCAGUCACUACUGACUGUACCUGGAUCAUGUUAAUCAGAAUCACUUUAUUCGCCAAGUACAUUUACACAUACCCAGAAUUUGACUUAGUGAAUAGGUGCUGCCAGCAAUAGACAAUGUACAAACAGAAUACAGACCCAAGUCAACCAAACGGAAGAAGACAUGGAGGGACUACCUGAAUUUGUCCAAUAAGAAAUGUUCUCCUUUGCCCAAAAAAACAACCCUGUUAAAUAGUGCUUUAGCCAUGAGGCAUAGGACAGUGUGGCAGAUCUUGGUUUACACAGAGGGCAGGGAGGGCAUUCUGUAGCCUCCUCUUCCCCAGUUGUUAUUUUUCUCCCUUCAUUUCAUGAAUAUCAUAAAUCUCUGUCUUAAAGGCCGGUUAUUUUCUUGCAUGAUUACAGUAUUAUAAGAAAUCCCCCUUAUUAUCUGUGAUUGCGCCCAUUAUUUACCAUGGAUUUUAAACAAUCCAUAUUUAUGAGCUGUGCCAGGUUUUCAUCAGCCAAGCCCCUCAUUACGAGCACCACAUUAUUAAAGUCGACCUUCAGUGUUAUCAAGAGUGAUCUCAGGGCGCUGUAAAAGCAGUAAAGCUUGUAUCUUCUAACAAUAGCCCCCAUCUUACUCCGGGCCUGAGUAGUCUUCUAGUGUGUGAGGGGGCUCAGUUAUUACCUAGAUUAUUAAAUUAUGAAGCCAUCAGUGGGGAUGUCAUGCCUCCAAGUGCUUUCGGAAAUAUGAGCUUCUAUUUUUGUCCUGUGCCAAACAUCCAAUUUGAGGGAAAGCACACAAACAAAUCACUGGGCGUGAUUUGAAGGAGGGAAGAAGGGGGUGUUUGUAAUCUUUCAGGUCUCACUGGUGAUUGAUUGAGGUGAGAUUGAUCUCGUACUUCAUCGUUGUCGACCUUUGUGGGUGAUGAUGAUAAUGGCUAUUCUCUUUCCUUCACUGCCCUCAGGAGAACGACUACCUACAGGAGUGCCUUGAAGUCGUGCAGUCAGAGUUCAUGAUCUUCAACCGCGAGAAGUAAGAUCACUAACCAAACCCUUCGCCUGGGAGACAAAUCAAAACAUAUUCAUGUUAAACCAUUGAGGAACACUUAAAAAAAAAAAAGUGGUAUGCAUAAGGCUGACAUACCACCUGCGUAAGGACUAUACGACACCUGAUAUACACGUGAAUAGAUAUUUAUGAAUGUUUGUUUCAGCUGACCCAAGCAUUGUUAGCUCUAUAAUAAUAUACUAAGAUUAUAUAAACGCGGAACCAAUUACUGAACCUGGAAGACCACUACAAAACAUAUUAAUGUUACAUCAUUCUUAGCUCUAUAGUGCCUUCAGAAAGUAUUCACACCCCUUUAUACAUUUUGUUUUGUUACAGCCUGAAUUUAAAAUAGAUUAAAUCGAGAUUUUGUCACUGAUCUACACACAAUAUCCCAUAAUGUCAAAGUGGAAUUUUGUUUGUAGAACAUUUUAGAAAUGAAUAACAAAUGUAAAGCUGAAAUGUCAAUAAGUAUUCAACCCCUUUGUUGUGGCAAGCCUUAAGUUCAGGAGUAAACAUGUGCUUAACAAAUCACAUAAUAAGUUGCAUGGACUCAUUCCAUGUUCAAUAAUAGUUGUUAACAUAGUUUUUUUUUAUAACUACCGCAUCUAUGUACCCCACAAUUAUCUGUAAGGUCCCUCAACCGAGUAUUGAAUUUCAAGCACAGAUUCAACCACAAAGACCAGGGAGGUAUUUCAGUGCCUCACAAAGAAGGGCACCGAUUUGUAGAUGUGUACAGAUUUUAAAAAGCAGAUGUUGAAUAUCCCUUCGAGCAUGGUGAAGUUAUUAAUUACACUUUGGGUGUAUUGAUACACCAUCCAGUCACCGGAGAGGAACUCAGUUGCCGGAGAGGAAGGAAACUCCUCAGGGAUUUCACCAUGAGGCCAAUGAUGAUUUUAAACAGUUACAAGGUUUAGUGGUUGUGAUAUGAGAUCUGAGGAUGGAUCAACAACAUUGUAAUUACUCCACAAUACGAACCUAAAUGACAGAGUGAAAGGAAGGAGCCUGACAGAAUAAAAAAUAUUCCAAAAUAUGCAUCCUGUUUGCAACAAGGCACUAAAGUAAUACUUUGAAAAAUGUGGCAAAGAAAUUCACUUUUCUUGUCCUGAAUACAAAGCGUUGUGUUUGGGGCAAAUCCAACACAACACAUUACUGAGUACCACUCUUCAUAUUUUCAAGCAUGGUGGUGGCUGCAUCAUGUUAUGGGUAUGCUUGUCAUCAGCAAGGACUAGAGAGUUUUUUUUUAGGAUAAAAAGAAAAGGAAUACAGCUAUAAGCACAGGCAAAAUCCUACAGGAAAACCUGGUUUAGUCUGCUUUCCAGCAGACACUGGGAGACAAAUCCACCUUUCAGUAGGACAAUAACUUAAAAUACAAAGCCCAAUCCACACUGGAGUUGCUUACCAAAACGACAUCGAAUAGCAAUGAUCAUCAAUCAACUUGACAGAGCUUGAAGAAUAAAAAAAUAAAAAAUGGACAAAUAUUGUACAAUCCAGGUGUGCAAAGCUCUUAGAGACUUACCCAAAAAGACUCACAGCUGUAAUCGCAGCCAAAGGUGCUCCUACAAAGUAUUGACUCAGGGGGUGUGAAUAUUUAUGUAAAUGAGGUAUUUCUGUAUUUCCUUUCCAAUACAUGUGUAAAAAAAAAAAAAAAAACAUGUUUUCACUUUGUCAUUCUAAGGCAGGGGUGAGCAAACCUUUUUGCUCAAGGGCCACAUUGAGUUUUUGAAACCAAUUGAAGGGCCACAUACUAUAUGUGUGACAAAACAUGUGAAGCCUUUAUUCAUUUUCACAUUGACACGCAACUACUAGUGUACUGUAGGUGUACAUAUGCUUGCAGAACAAUUCUACCCUUGUACCAUCUCUACCCUUGUUUUUGGUGAACACAUUUUUCACAACAUUUUAAAAAAAUUUGUAUAAUUUAUAACAUCACAGACACAGUCAAACACACACACACAGAUCCUGCAUCUCUACCCUUGUAAAGUACAAUAAAACUUACAGUCACAGUAUGCAAACUUAAAAAUAGAUAUAUGUUAUAUGUCUGGAGACAUGCAUAAUGGAACAGCAGAUGUGUAAAAAAAAACUAUUCUAACAUUUGAGUGAAACAUAUGGUAAGAGCAUCUGUUUCAUUUGGAAUGGUCUGUUUUUGAAAGCAUAUUAAGGAACAAUUCUCAUCUCCAUUGUGAGCCAUAUUUACAGUUAUCCAAUCACCUCAACCCAAAUCUGACUGAUUUAGUUAUUACCUGUAUCCAAGUGCAUUGCUGGAUAAUUCUAACUGCAUAACCAUCACCAUGAAAAAUCAUAAUCCCUGCCUACCUCAGUCACGGUUAUUCAAGUCUUAAUGUGAACAAUGGGUCUGGUCACCUCUCUUGGCGAGGGCAUCAACGUCUGGUGUCAUCUUUGAUGUAGAGAUUCUCAGAACAGCUGACAAGUGGUCAUUUGUUAAAUUUGACCUGUGACGGGAUUUGUUGUAAUUCAUGACUGAGAACGUUUGUUCACACACAUAUGUGGACCCGAAUAAAACAAGCAUCCUUUGGGCGUGCUUUUUAAUGUUUGGAAACUUUGUUUCAUUCAGUGAGCCAUAGACCUGGUCUAUUGUUGCUGUUUUGUACUUCUCCUUCAAAGCACUGUCACAUUGGAUGUCGAUGAGCUCCAAUUGUGUGUCUGGUGGUGCUUUCUCACUGUUGAAAGACAGGGGGCAUGAUACAAGCUCCAGCUCAGUCUCAAUAUUGGUGAAGUCUGAGAAGCGGCGGGAAAACAUGCAGGUUGGUCAAAGUGCUACUGUAUGUCUCAGUGCGGCACUGCGAUGUGGGCGCGUUCAGUGCGGCCAGCGUCAGAAAAUGAGCGAGAGACCGGCUGCUCAUUUGUCUGGAGAACAACAUAAGUUUGGCCUUGAAUGCUUUCACGUUGGAAUACAGUUAAUGUACAAAAAUACAAUUUCCCUGCAGUUUCACAUUUAGAUCGUUCAGACGCCGCAAUAUGUCCACACCGAAAGCAAAGUCUCCCAGCCAGUCUGUGUCUUUCAACUCGGAGAAGUCGUCAGCUUUACCAACCGUAUCAAGGAACAUACCUAUCUCCCCUCUCAGUUCCCACACAAGGGGCGACAAUUGUAAUUGCCGCUAACCUUAGCAGCCUUGGAAAACUGUAGGCACGAAUGGUGAACUGACAGUGCGUAUAGCUCACUCACUCGCUUUGCGGAUGUAAGGGUGACCAGUAAAGAGGUCUUAAAGGAGAGAUAUUUCAACUAUAUGGUUUCCUGCGGCUCAAAAGGCUAUGAAAUCCUCAAGCACAAUAGACAAAUCCCAUGAUGGGAGUAAAAGCUUGGGAACUGGACGUAAGUAAGGCGCCCCCUUAAUAAAAUGACAUAACAUGGGGUGUUUUCCCACAAUGUUCUAGUUGAAGGCUAUAUGACAGGCUGAGAUAGCGGCUAGAUAGACCUUAAGAGUGGAUAAAGCCUUCCCUCUGUCCAAAAGGUCCUGCAAAAAGCAUAAAAACUUGGAAACAGAGCAUUGGUAAGGAAUGAUCUGUUUUUGGUCAAACCACUUCUCAAAAACCCACAACUUAUUUCCAUACAGUGAGCAUGUAGAAGGGCCCCUAGCACUCUGGAUAGUCUCAAUGACUCCUAGAAGCAGGCCUGUCACAUCCAGAUUUAACCUCAAACAGGCCAGGCCCAGAGGACCAUGGCAUCCAGGUGAGGGUGGAAAAUCUAAGGCUCGUCGUACAACAGGAUAAUGAUCUCCGCUAUCCAGAGUUUGCCUUGCCAUCGAGGGGCUACUGAGAUAUGGGAUAAGCAUUCUUCCCUCACUCUAGCCAGAAUGAGGGGAGGAAAAGCUUAAAGCAACACCCUCGGCCAAGGGUGUGCCAGCGCGUCCACCCCCAGUGGUGUGUCUCCUGCUAGUGCGAAGAACAACGGGCAGUGCACGUUUUCUUGCAAUGCGAAGAGAUCUACGGAUGCUUGACCAUAAUACAGAUGGAAGUCUGUCAUCCUCAGUAGUCCUGAGAUGGUGGAUGCCAUCAACCCCAGCACUCGGAGGCACGCCUUGAACAUGACAGAGCGCCCACUGUGGAACAGGGAGGGGCACAGCCGGAAUGACCCGAUGAGAGUGUUGCCUGAUAAGAGAGCGAAUCCAACAUUACGCCUAGGUAUUCUAUUCUCUGUGUUGGCACCAAACGUAACUUUAUCUGAUUGAUCUUGAACUCUAGUUCGGAGAGGUAGGUUACAAGGGAAGUUGUGUCUCUUACCGCUUGUUCCCGGGAUGGGGAGCAAAGCAGGUAAUCGUAGGUGGAGAGUCUCAGCCCCUUGUUUCUCAGGGGUGUGACGGCUGCCUCUACACACUUGCUGAUCGUUCGGGGAGCUAGCGCUAGCCCGAAUGGGACAGCAAGGUAUUCGUAGGCUGUGCCUUGAAAAGCAAACCUCAGAAACCUCCUGUGUGCUGGCAGGAUGAUUAUGUGGAAAUAAGCAUCCUGCAGGUCGACUGAGGUGAACCAAUCGCCUUGACGAAUAGAGCGAGACAGCACAUUGACUGUAAGCAUACAGAACAUGAACUUCGUCAGAGGACCCAUAGGUCCAGAAUGGGGGUGAAUUCUCCCCUUUUUUGGGGAACCAGGAAGUACUGAGAGUAGAAGCUGAGGUGGUUCUCUGGCUCAGGUAUCGUCCUGAUACCCCCUUUGCUUAAUAGAGAGGAGAUGUCCUGCUCUAGUAUGCGUGCCGAGUUGCCAGUCGAUACUGAUUCAAAAAUUCUGUUGAAAACAGGUGGUCUCAGACCGAACUGCAGUCUGUACCCCUUUGUAACUGUAGACCAGAAGGGUUUUAGGAGCACAGAUGUGCUUCUCCCCCAGUGGGGGGUCUGUGCGCCACCCGAGAGAUGGCAGGUCAGAACACAGGGUGAACUGUUGGCUGCCCCUCUCUGCCGCAUGCGGUGUACCCCUGGAUCGGGCCCCCAUUUUUCCCUACAGGGGAACCAAAUGGGUGGGACUUUGAUCUGGCUGCAGUGAAGGACCGUUUUCCCAACUGUCGCACCCAAACUGUGGGAUCGAUGCCCAAUACGUCACUCGGGGCUUCCUGUGGAAAGCCCUGUUGCCAGCGAAUUGCCUUCUCCCUGCCACGAAGCCUUGGUUUGUGGAGGGGUAGGCCGGGUAGCCACAAUUCUCCGGUCUAGGAGGCAGGCAGAAGUUUAAGGCUUCGCCCUCCUUCUUUAGAAGUAUGCACUUCUGCCACAUGGCGGUGACAGCCGGCCCAACAGUUCCUUCGGCAGCUUUCUCCUUGUCUGCCAGGCUAGACAAGUUGAGCCACAAGGCUCUCUCCCCUACCACUCCAGCCUUGAAUGGCGCUCCUGGAGGCUUGGAGGUUGAGGUCUGUGAUGACACAGAUCUAAUCCCAAAGGUCUGGUUUAGGCUUGCCAAUAGCUAGGAGAUUAUGCAUCUCUAGCAUGAAAUCACCCUGUUAAGCCAGUAGUAGGGACUUAAAGUUUAAUGCUGUACAGAACGUGUGGGCCUAGAUGGCGAGGGUCGAGAGGUCAUACCCUCGCCAUCGUCUUCGUCGAUGACGAGGUCCAAUUCCCCCUCCUCCUUGGCCAAACCCUGGAAAAGUGGGUGAAUGCCCUCGGGAUAGCCAUCCAUGACGUCCUCCCAUGAGGGCUGGGUCUGUGAGGCAGUCUCCCCGCUCAUGUUCGGUGUUGGAGACGAACCACAUUGGGCUGCUCUGCGCACUCUCCGUCUGAGGGUGUUAGCAGCAAAAAACCUACAAUGGAUGCAUAACCAGUGGUCAUCGAAAGCUGUUCCGCGUGUUCGAGACCCAGGCAGAUGGGUAUGGUUUCUCUGCAUAUGGUUGCCCCGCAAAGGCACGGGUGUGCCGGUGAUGAAGCAGGGGCCGGGGCCUUGCUCAGUACCCCAUGGGCUGAGCUAGUAGGCUCCAUGGCUACAAAAACAGCUAAUCCAAGAACAAAGUGAAAAGUAACUAGCGUUUGCCACAUGGGCUAGUAGCCUAGCUAGUUAGCACUAGCUGGAGUAGCUAAUCAUUUAACAAUGUCAACGUAGCUAGUGUUCGCCAAGUUAGCCAAAGGAAGCUAGGCCUUGUUGGUCUUCAACUAAUAAAAGCGUGGCUCUUGACUGAUAAGCAGAGAAGCUAGGACGGUUGGUCUAGUCAACGUGGCAAGGAAGUGGGUUGAACUAAACGAGAGAGCGAGCUAGUAAUUCUACCCUUCCAGGUAGAGAAAUUAGUCCGUAGGAUAGCUAGCCUUGAGACGAGCUAGCCAGGUUAGCUAAGCCUUGCAGCUAAGCUAGCCAAGUCUCAGCAGCUAGCCGUGUGACUUUAGCUACAACGAGAUGAGGGAAGAAAAGCGGUGAAGCAGAUUCUUACCUUAAGCAAAAAUCAUUUCGGUAAAGUCACCGAACACAAAAUACGAGAGCUGAAAACCCUGCGUUCAGCAUCGUAACCUUGACGGCACACCUGUGAAUAGUUAAACAGGAAAACGGAUCAAGUCAUGCUGAGGAGAGCUAUAUAUAACUCUUCUGUGAAUAAGAGAGGUGAGAAUGAUCAGAGGGUGGGCGAGUGGCUCUUUAGUAUGAGGGGAGCAACUCCCUCAUUCGCCACUCGACCUGUCUGUCUCCAACAGACGUGUAAAUUGGGUUCUUCGAGCUCCUUAGAGAUUCUGGUGAAUCCCACUAGUGAGAUAUUGAAAAUCAUAAUUAAAACAGAACCCCUUAUUCACAUUAAAACCAUUGUUAGCUCUAUGAUAAGAUUAUAUAAGUAAUAACCAUUAUUUGCAUGGUCAUUUCUCCAUGUUAUCUAUCCUUUACAGAACAGUGAUGCAAUAUGUGGUCAUCAUAUCAAGGGUUAAAAGGUGGUCGAAUGAAUCAGCCUCAUAAUAGUUUUCGGUUUCUCCCCAUCAUUUAAGUUUUAGGGCGAAUAACUGUUUAUAUUCUGCAUCCUUGCUGACCAGGUAGCUUCCAGUGACACUGACAUCCGUCUAUUAGUGCUGAGUGAUUAACCCAUUUUUAAUUAAAACUUUCAUAUUAAACAACUUAUUCACUGACGUUGGUUCAAUUACAUGAAUUCCAUUUAGUUUGCUUUUCUUGUGAGCCCAACACACUAAUUCUCUAGAGAGAAAUCAAAUCAUUAAUGAGAGAAAUCAAGUCAAGAACUAUGUGGGACGCUGGGCUGAAGAGAGAUGUGGUUUUCAUUAAGCAAAUAUUCAACCUAGUUCAGCGCAGAAACGUGGUAAUUAACUACAAUGAACAUAAUCCAUUGCGCCUGUUCUUUCUGUCUCGGACAGAGACAGAUACACUUUUAUGCCUGCUACUUUAGGUUAGAUACACACAGACCGCAUAGACCGCAUGAGAGAGGAAUAUACAGUACACAACACAAUAAUGAGAGGGAUAGAGACAAUUAGUGAAAGUAUGCCUUAUCUAUUUUGAAGAACUAGUAAAAUUAUUUGGUCAGACGGCUCUGCAGCAUACUUAGCCAGGGUAGCCUAGCUAAAUAGGAUGAGUAAAGACAGUACGGUAUGGGGAGCACUGAGUUAACAUUAGAUGGUCUGGUUGGCUGGCUGCUACUGCCUGACCCGAGAUGAGAUUAUGACUUUAAGAAAUGCCAAGCAGCACAGUAUACACAACUGAAAUAUUGUAUUAUUUCAUAGUAAUUUCCUAUUUUUGUAUUGAUGUCUAGUCAAUGUGGACCUGACAGACAAUGGAACAUUUUCAAUGUUUUGGCAAUUGAAUGUUCACUAUUUUUGGCUUUAGAAAAAUCUGUCGAUGUGCCCUUGAGCAAGGCACUUAACCCUAAUUGCUCCUGUAAAUCGCUCUGGAUAAGAGCAUCUGCUAAAAUGACUAAAUAAAAUAAAAUAAAAGUAUGCCUUAUUUACUUUGAAGAACUACCAAAAUAGUGAUUUUGUCAGACAGCAUAGCUCUAUAGAGAUGAUAUGAUGACUUGAAAUUAAACAAAUAAUAAUAAUAAUAAUAAUAAUAUGCCAUUUAGCAGAUGUAAUAACACAAGUGAAAUAUUUUAUUUAAGCAAAGUAAUGUGAAUAAAUGAUGGUUAAUAAGUGAAAAGCAGUUAUGGGUCACUACCAUCAUGGGACUUGUAUUCAUUGUUUUAUUCUGUGUUGUUACAGCAUUCAACCCACAUAAUGCAUAGUACUGUAAGUCGCUCUGGAUAAGAGCGUCUGCUAAAUGACUAAAAUGUAAAUGUAAAUGUACAUUUCAUGUUUUAAAAAAUUAUUGAGACCGAAAUUGAAAACCGUGAUUCUUUUAUAAUAAUCGAACAGAAACCGAACCCUCCUCAAAAAGCACUAAUCGCUCAGCACUACCCUCUAUGCAAUUCAUAUAGAAAUUAUGUAUUAUCUCGACUUAAUAAUGGCUGUAUAGAGCUAUAGCUGUUUUAUGACCCAAUAUUGUUUCCGUAAUGUUGUGUUUACAUCAAUAGAUCCUACGCUCAUCAUUGGUAAACAGGACUAAAGCUCAUAUUUCAUGGAACAUGGGACUGCUCUGCGAUCAUGAGGGAGAGAAUAUUGGUUCAUCUCUGAUCUAAAUUAAUACCUCAUUCAUUAUUUACCAGUGUCUGACAGAGAGUAUAUCACAGUCCUUAGACUCCCACUAUGUAUUUUAAUCACAAAUGAGCUUUUCUCUCUGUCCUGUGUGUGUGUGUGUGUGUGUGUGUGUGUGUGUGUGUGUGCGUGCAUCUGUCUCUCAGGUUGAAAAAGAGUCAGGAGGAGGGUGCAGAGGGAGGGGAGUGUGAAGGUGCUGCCGUGGGGGGUGAUGAUGGUGAUGGAGACGGCUCCGGGGAGGCUGAGGGAGGCACAGAGGAUGAGGAUCCCGAACCCGAACCUGAGUCCUCCUCCAAACUGAGCAUGUGCGGCUCGGUCUGCUCCUCUCCUGGCAGCUGCUAGCACCACACCGCCACCUGGUGGUCUCACAGGCUGCUGUGUGUGUGCGUGUGUAACCAUGCCUAUAGAUACUUUAACCUCUCCUAUGUAGCCAUGAUGACUGGGUGAACAGGAUCGCACAGCAGAACAACAACGCACAGCAGGACACAAAAUGGCUCCCCUAUUUCUUCUUCUGUAGCAUCCAUCGUUAAGGCAUGAAUGGGACUGCAGGUUCCAGAGCGGUCCUGCCCUCCGCGCCCUAGAGUAAACGCUAACUAUCUUCUAUGCAACGUACAGUAUAGCAUGAAAGUAAGGUAUCAUUACGAGAGGGGAUAACAAGCAGCAGAAGCCACAAGCACAGUAUAUGAGCCUGAUGACAUACAGAGAAAUAGGAGACAGGUUUAAGAGUGUACGAGAUUUCUUUAGCAGAGCCUCUCCGCUCUUUCAGCCUCGGGUAGAUGUAGCUCCCUCUGCAAACUCACAUGCUAAAUUAUUCAAAUAGAGUUAGGCACUCUUAGCUUUCUUUGCCUGUGUAGCUCAUGCAAUCCCUCUCAUACUCUCUGUGCACCCUAUUUGGAACUACAAUAUUACUGUUGUUGGGUUACCUUCCCCCAAAUGCCUUUCAUUUCAAUUAUAAUAUAUAAUUGUUAAAGUAUCACAAUGCCAAUAUACAGUGUAGUGCACAUAGAAAUAUAAUUGCUAUUAUAUUACUAUGUUCUAUGGGAUUCUAUUUCUAAGGUAUUGCAGUGGAUAGAGACUUUAAGAUGUUAAUGCUGUUUCAAGUUGCAGAGAGUGAGCCUUAUAAGCAUAUAAUACUGUAUGGGCCCAUUAAGGAUAAGGAGGUUUUGCAAGUGUAAAUAAACCACUAGUUCAAUCCAAUACUGUAAAACCACUUUAAAUGGUGUUGAUUGUUAAUCAAUAGCCAUUCAUCACACGUAAUUAUAUCUACAUUAUGCAUCAGCAUGCCAGUUUGAUAUUCCUACACGGAUUACGCUCCUCCACCAAAUCCUUUUCCCCUACAGUGUUAGAUUUUCAAAGGCCCUAAGUACAACUGUGGUGUAAGUGAAGGUUUCCCUCACCAUCGAUCUCUGUGACUGUUGCCAAGAUGCUGUUCUUCUCACACUGUUCCAUUGUGGGCUACAUGCUCGUACUGCUUUAGUGCUUAUCUGUUCAACAUAAACAUUGUCACUAACAGGGGAUCAGACCAUAGAAAUAUAAUUAUAUUGAAUGUACCCAUGAGGGUGCAGUCAAA